GAGAACAGUGGAGGAACAAAGUGUGCUUCAUUUCUAGUGGUCAGAGCAAUUUUCCCACAAUUCUCACCUUUGAUCCGUGAUCUCGCGAUGCUUCCUGUCAGUAUUCCCGAAUGUCCUUAGACAGAACACAGGCGAAACUACCGAAUUUUGUCCUAACAGAAUGAGAACAGUUUCUCCAUUCGUGUAAGGAUGCAAUUCGGGACUUUGUUUGGAUUGAAAUUUCAUUCGAAUGAAUGAAACUCCGAUCCUAUUCGUGCCGCGGCUCCCUAAUUCUCACUGUAUCAGGGAGCUAUCUACCAAAAGGCUGAAAGACCUAAAUUGGUCUUUUUAGCCAAAUUUACUAAUACUAAGUAAAGAUUACUUGUCUAUUAUGGACAUGUCUAUUAUACAGUGAGCAGCCUGCUCACUGUUAUGAAAAAAAAAAAACACAACCCUAGUGUCCCCCCUCCAGAGCCCCUACCCAUGCUGUGUGAAUGAGGGCUAUUACACUGAAUGGGGGACCUAUUGCUUCCACCCUGGCCCCCACCCCUGAGCGGCGGGUGGGGGCCCUAAAUGAAAAUGUGGGAGGAUGAUCCUUUUGUCAUCCCCCCGGGUCCCCACCCCUGAGUGCCAGGUGGGGGCCCUAAACAACAAUAAGAGAGGGACAUCUAUUGUCCUCUCCCCUGGCCCCCACCCCUGAGCGGCGGGUGGGGGCCCUAAAUGAAAAUGUGGGAGGAUGAUCCUUUUGUCGUCCCCCCGGGUCCCCACCCCUGAGUGCCGGGUGGGGGCCCUAAACAACAAUAAGAGAGGGACAUCUAUUGUCCUCUCCCCUGGCCCCCACCCCUGAGCGGCGGGUGGGGGCCCUAAAAAACAAUAAGGGGGGGGACGGACCUAUUGUAUGUCUGCCGCUUUCCCGGCACCCACCCUUGAGUGGCGGGUGGGGGCCCUAAAUGAAAAUGUUAACCUCCCCCAGGUGACUAGAGGUCCUCAAGCCCCUAGUCAGCCCCUACCCAAAAAAAUGAAUAAUCCCUUGCCUAUCCCCCCUCACCCUAAAAAUAGUGAGGUGGGGGAACAAUAAAACUAAAUCCUUCUUCUAAAAUCUUAUUUUUUUCAGCCCCCAAAAAUGCCAAACAAAAAUCCAUAAUACCCAUCGAACUUUUAAAAUAAAAGAAAAGAAAACCCCGCAAAAAAACCCAGACGCUAGAAAUUAAUCCAUCUUCACCCAUGGAGGGAAGGGCGGGGAAAGGCUUAUAAAGCCUUCCCAUGCCCUGCAGUUAGGCUCAGAGCGCUCUGAUUGGUUGGUUUAAGCUAACCAACCAGUGUGCUCUGACAGGUAAAUUUAGAGACUUACCAGUCAGUCUCUUCAUUUACCUGUCACAGCACUCUGGUUGGCCUGAAAUCCAACCAAUCAAAGAGUUAUGAGUCAAAUUACACAGCAUGGGAAAAUUCCAAAGAGCUUUCCCACACUGUGUAAAAUGACACAGAGCACUCUGGUUGGAUUUCAAGCUAAAGAGGUUUGAACAGGUAGAAAAAUACAGAGUGGGUAUGAAAAAAUAUAUGAAAUUCACUUAAAUAAAAAAGGGUUAAAAAAAACUAAAACAGUUAAACAGUUCUUUGAUUCCCUCAGCACUUGAUCUGUCUCUUUCGAUGUAGAAGUGACCUAGGAACCGAAUGCACAUGUGCAGCGAGCUCCGCAUGCGCAUUAGGCCUUCCCCAAAGGAAAGCAUCGAAUCAAUGCUUUUCUAUGGGGUUUUGCUAGAUGCUGGAUGUCCAGAGUCAUUUCACGGAGUUAGACAGCCACUACUGUCAGUCUUAACUCUGCAGUGUAAACAUUGCAGUUUCUAUAAAGGGUUAAGGGGACAUGGGUGCGUAUAGUAUCCCUUUAAGUUGUAUUUGCAGCCAGAUUGUUCCCGAUUACCCAAUUACCUAAAGCUUACAGAAUAUGUGUAUUUAUUUUCUUUAGUAUGGAAUAUCUGUAAUGUCAGUAUUGGGUUUUCUGUAUCAACACUGCCUGUGGCAUGUUCAUAUGAAGCUCAUGCAGUCUUUUGGAUGGCUGACAUUGAUGAGGAAUCUGUUCUGCUACUGUUUGUUUAAAAUAUCCUUUUCUAAGCUAAAAGGAUUGUCCAUCUCUGUGACAGAAGAUCCCAUGACAAAUGUGAUACCUUUUAAGUAGGUUAAUUGAUCUUCGAAGGUCAAGUGAUGUUUUCAAAGGGUAAGCCUCUUGACUUAAAUCAAUGAGAUAAAUUUGCUUUGGGUUAAUGGGCCAAAAUGAUUUAUUAAUUAUUCAUGUACACUGCAGCAAUCUGGAUCUCUGGUUUUCCUUCAUGUAUUGUUGAAAGGGCUUACACUUCCCUUUACAUGGUUUUCUUUUUAUAAAGAAAUUGUGGUUGACUAUCUUUUUGACAUGCUCUGCAAUGAAUCACUAGAGGAUGUACCCUGUUCGGAGAUAUAUCAUCAUGAAACUGAGAAUUCAAUUAUCAUCUUUACACAGUUGCUGAAACUGUACUUUCACACCACCAAAGGAAAGGUUUUGCUCAGAUUGAUGUGUUGCAGAGAAGCACUGUCUCCUAGAGGCACUAAAUAGAAUCGUCGGAACUUGACACGAAAGUUUGGAUAGUUAGAAAAGUGUUGGGAAUUUAGUGUUCUUAUUUACAAUUAUGUACAACUCUAUGAAAUGAUACAAAAUUGUUUGUCAAAAAAUAUUGUUAAAUACUCAGAUCACCACAGCAAAAUUGUGGACCAUUGGCCACACUUUUUUCCAAAAUUGCAAAACUACUGCCGUGUGAUUUAAGAAUACAUUUCAUAGAAUAUAUUUGGUGGAUAAUUCUAAAACCAUUCACUUUUAAAAGUGAAUAUUUUGACAUUCUAAGCUCCCUUUAUGCUCUAAGUAGGUGAAGGUGUGAUUAAAAUUUAGGAGCCAUGGGGAAGAUACUCUUGGCACUCCAAGUCCAACCUUAUGCCUGCUGCACAGAUAAUGAAUAAAUUUAAUUUCCCAAUGUUUUUGUUCAAUGCUGUUGACAAUGUAAAAUAAUAGCGGCCUAUUCGCUGCAGGCUUUUCAAUGUAAACCCUGGCUUUUCAGAGAAAAGGCAGUGUUUACAUUGGUGCCUAGGAACAUCUCUAGUGGCAGUCACUCGGACUGCCACUAGAGGUGCUUUCUGGUCCAGUGCUGCACAGUGUGCAAUACUGACGUUCGGUGUCUUCACGCUCUGCAUGGAGAUGCUGAAUGUUCCUUAUGCAGAUGCAUUGAUUCAAGGCAUUUCAAUGAGGAGGUGCAGAUUGGCGCAGUGUGGCAGUGAUUGCUCUGAUGACUUCUUAGCCAGCACUUCUAGUCAGGAGUAUUUUUUUUUAUUUACAUUUUUAUUUUAUUUUUAGAUUUCAGCACCAUGGACGAGAUUUACCCUGCUUUGGUAGGUGUCCUGAAACAGAUCAAAUCAUAGCAUUGGCCAGAUAUUGUAGUGACCUGGCGAGGCUGUUACAAUUGUGUAAUAUCCUACCGAGUUGCAAACAUGGCAGUGCUGGAGCAAAGUAGUGUAGUAGUAAUGUAUACUCAAGUUUUUAGUUGAAUCUAUAAAUGUAUCCACAAUAAAGGUAUAUUAGUUGCCUAUUAUAGAUGGGGGCUGUUUCAAAGUGAACCUGUCUUGACAGGUUAACGUUAAGCUCUGGUUGGGCUGUCAAGCAAAUCAUUGCAGUUGUACACACACACCCAUAUUAAUUCCUGUGCUGAGUGAUGUAAAAAGAUAUUCAAUGUUGUUUUUUUUUAAAAUAUUUACUAUUAUAAUAAUACUAGUGUUUGAUUUGUAUAAAACUGACCUGUAUCUUUAUUAUUAAUAUUAUUAUUAUAUAUUGCCAUUUAUAUAGUGCCAACAGAUUCCGUAGCGCUUUACAAUAUUAUGAGAGGGGGAAUUUAACUAUAAAUAGGACAAUUACAAGAAAACUUACAGGAAUGAUAGGUUGAAGAGGACCCUGCUCAAACAAGCUUACAGUCUGUAGGAGGUGGGGUAUAAAAACAUUGGGACAGGAAAUGGCACUCCAAUAAGGUGGGAGUGAAGCAGAGCUGAAGGAGAGAGUAGAGUGCUGCCCUUUAGGAGAGAGCAAGUGACAGUUAUGUGAGGUAGAGCUCAUUCUGGGAGGCCAUAAGCUUUCCUAAAGAGAUGGGGUUUAAGGCACUUCUUAAACGAUUUAAGACUAGGGGUGAGUCUGAUAGCAGUAGGCCCGCGAGAAGUCCUGCAAGCGUGAGUUGGCCGUACAGGUGCGAGCAGCGGACAGGAGAAGGUCACGAGUAGAGCUGAGAGACCGAGAAGGGGCAUUUCUAUGGAUAUGUGAAGAGAUAUAAGAGGGACUAGAAUUGUUCAGUGCUUUUAUAAGCCUCUAGAAUGUAAGCUCAUGGAGCAGGGCCUUCCACCCCUCUGUUCCUGUACGUCCAGUUGUCUGGUUACAAAUACGUGUCUGUUAGUCCACCCAUUGUACAGUGCUACGGAAUCUGAUGGUGCUAUAUAAAUAAUAAAAUAAUAAUAAUAGGUAUGGGUUAGCACUUUGAAUCGACUCCUAUAGGAUACAGGAAGCCAAUGUAAGGACUGAGAGGGGUGAGGUGUGAGAGGACUGACUAGAGAAGAAAAUCAGUCUGGCGGCAGCAUUUAUUACAGACUGUAGCAGGGCAAUAUGGCUUUUGGGAAGACCAAUUAGGAGAGGGUUACAAUAAUCCAUGCAGGAAAUUACUAGAGUAGGGACAAGUUCCUUGGUAGCAUCUUGUGUAAGAAAGGGGUGGAUGCAGGCUAUGUUUUUAAGAUUGAAUCUACAGGAUCUGGCAACAUACUGGAUGUGAGGCCAGAAUCCAGUAUGAAGCAAAGACAGCGCGCUUGCAAGGAUGGACUGAUGUGGAUACCACUAACUUGAAGGGAGAGUGAAAGAGGAGGAUCAGUAUUAGAGGGAGAAAAGACAAGGAGCUCCAUUUUUUUAAGAGAGAUUUAGUUUCAGAAAGCGGGAGGACAUCCAGUCAGAGAUGGACGAAAGGCAAGCAGUGACACGUUGCAGGACGGCAGGGGAGAGGUCUGGGGAGGAGAGCUAUAUCUGGGUGUCAUCAGAGUACAGGUGGAAGUGGAAUCCAAAUGAGGUAAUAAGUUUGCCAAGAGAGUCAGUAUAAAGAGAAAAUAGAAGGGAACCAAGGACAGAUGCCUUGGGGGACUCCAACCGAGACAGGACCUCCAAGGGGAGGAGAUAUCAUUAGAAAAGGAGACACUGAAUGAGCAUUGGGAGAGAAAGGAGGAAAACCACAAGAGGACAGAGUCACAGAGACAGAGUGAUUGAAGAGUUUGAAGAAGGAGAGCAUGAUCAACGGUGUCAAAGGCAGCAUAGAGGUCAAGAAGAAUUAGUCUGGAGUAGUGGCCUUUGGAUUUAGCUGCAAAUUAGGUCGUUAGUAACUUUGAUAAGAUCAGUCUUCAUAGAGUGGAGAGGAUGGAAGCCAGAUUGAAGAGGGUCAUGGAGAGAGUUGGAAUUGUGGAAGUGAGACAUACGGUUAAAGACAAGUCUUUCCAGAAGCUUAUAUGUGACGAUGGUUAGAGGGGAAGGGUGGGUCAAGAGAUUUAUUUAUUUUUAUUUUUUUAGGAUAGGUACUACAGUGGCAUGUUUAAGGUCAGAAGAGAGAGCGCGGUUGAAGAUGUGUUAAGAAAGGCACAAGACAUGGGAGAGAGAUCUGAUAUGGUGAGAUGGGACAGGAUUUUGCAUUUUGGAUUAAUGAUCUCAGCCAGUUAGGUGGGGCCAGUUGCAGAAAGAACUGUGUGACGUGGGGAAAAAAUGUGAGUAAACCUAAUCAUAAUAAUGUAGGAUAUUUUGUCUUAAAUGUUAUGCUUGCUGGUAGACAACAUACAUGAGCCAUGUGUGUCAAUCUGUGUGUUUCCAUUUCUUAGAGGUAAUUUGUUAGGCUGUAAAUGUACAAAAUUAACUAGAAUGAACUCCUUUAAUCUCGUGCUUGCAAGUGGUCUUUUUUACUUUACUGAUGAUACUAAAUACAUGGGAAUGUAUUUACUUAAACUAGUGAGUUCAAAACAUAUUUUAAUUUAAGAGAACAAAGUUAAAUAUAAUGCCAAGUUGGGUAUGUUUCAAGUACAGCUGUAUUGGCAGUAAUGUCUGCAAAAUGAUAAAUUAACUAUACUUCACUGUUAACAAAGCAAACCAAACAUUUUUGUAAACAUUACUUGCACAUUGGGUCUACCUCUGGUCUCUCUUUCUUUUUAGACAGCAUGAGUGAAAAGGAACAGUAGAGCUACACUUCAUGCUCAGACAUUAAUCUUAUUAAAGUCCAUAUUACCCACUUCAGGCCUUUAUGAAGCAGCCUUGUAUGUUUCAUCCUCUAGUACAGGCUUCCCCAAACUCCGGCCUUCCAGAUGUUGCUGAACUACAACUCCCAUGAUUCUCAGCCUAUUUCAUUCAUAGAAUCACGGGAGUUGUAGUUCAGCAACAUCUGGAAGGCCGGAGUUUGGGGAAGCAUGCGGUCUAGAAAAUGGUAAAUAUUUUUUAGACAUGGUAUCCCAUAAAAAUCCCUGUUUUUUUCUUCCAAUCUAACAUGUAACUAUUUAUUCAGAUUUUGUUGCGCAAUCAUUCAAACAUUAAAGUGAGAUUAUUAUUUUAUAUGUAUUUUUAUUUAAAUUUUUCCCCCCGACUAACAACUGUACCAUAUGUUGCUCUGUGGGAUGCUCUUUUUUCUUUUUUUCUGACAUUCUUGCGUUCAUAUUUAGCUCUUCUUAUUCUCACACUUGGUACCCUGCUUUAAUCCAGCCCACUGAGUGUGGCCUGCUAACCACACAUUCUAAUUUCACCUUUGAAUGUUUUUGCAUUCAGACACUGUUCCAAAUGCCUUGCUUUUUUGAGGAGCAUAUUGAAGAAGUAAUUGGGAAAAUGUAUGUUUUUGUGUGUGUGUAUUGCUGUAGCACUCCAACACACAAGCGUGCUUACUUGGGGCCUCAUGCUCAACCAUAGAUUAGAAUGUUUGUGGUUUUUAUGUCUAAUUUCUGUGCAUGGGUACCUCUAUGUUGCUUUAAAUUAUGAGCCCCCCCCCUUUAAAAAUUACAUUAAAAAAACCAGCAGUCCAGUCCAGUCCAGGAAUGGCCUCCUCUUGGGAGCUUCUCUAGUGCCAGAAAAACAAAGCUGUUUUCCUGGCACUGUAGAAUCCUGGAGGGUUCCCCUCUCUCCUACCCCCCCAUCCCAUGUCGCUGAGCCACUUACUUGAAUCCAGUGCUGGGUCAGGCUCCACCCAUGCUCCUCGGCUGACGUCAGCGGAGGAGACCUAAUGCACAUGUGCUGCAAUGCAUUCCUAUGGGUAAAAUCUGAUGCUGGAGGUCCGUGAGGACGUCCAGCAUCCGAUAACAGACCAAAAGUCCGUUUUGAAUUCUGGAAGUGCCCCCUAUUGGCUUUCUGGUAGACAGGCACAGAGGGCAGACUUAGAGCUGCAAUGUAAACAUGUAAAUGGUGUAUUUGGGAUCAUAUGAGAGUUGGUAAAGCAGUUGGUUGUGGUUAUUGAAGUUUAAAUAUUUUUAGUGUUGGAGGGGUUAAAGAAUAGCUUCUAAAGUUUAAGGAGAUCCCUUAGUGAUUAAAAGGUAGAAUUAGUGGAACAAUAUGUUUGGGCUGUGGUAUAGGAAUGAAUCACUGAUCCCAAGAGGUUUUGGUGCACUGUUGCUAUGACAACAUUUAAAUAUUUCCAUACUAAGACUGCUUUCCACACUUGGCAAAAAAACUGCCCACUCCAACAAUACUUUUUUUUUUAAAAAAAGUUUUAAUUUUUUUUAGAGAAUAAUUACAAUCAAUUACUGUCUGCAGCUGAUUUGUGUUUUGGGUUUUUUUUUUUCAUUUUUGUGUCUUUAAACUAGAGAGUGUGAAAUACUUUUUGUUUUUCAUGGGUUAAGCAGAAAUUCCAUCAUACACUCUUCCUUAAAAUACGGACCCCCUAAUAAUAGAAAUAAAGAAGUUAAAAUAAAUGCUCAAAAAGGUAGUACUUUACGACUUCAGAACAGAAAUGUGUUUUAAAGUCCUGCAAAAUUAGUGCCCAUUAAUUAUGGAAUGUUAUUGCCCUAUUCAAUAACACAAGGGUGGUGGUGGUUUUUUUUUUUUUUGUAUAUAAUUUUUGCUUUGCUUGUGGGUUUUUUUUUUUUUUUGUUUGGAUACUUUAAACUUAAAGGACCACUCUAGGCACCCAGACCACUUCAGCUUAAUGAAGUGGUCUGGGUGCCAGGUCCAGCUAGGGUUAACCCAUUUUUUCAUAAACAUAGCAGUUUCAGAGAAACUGUUUAUGAAUGGGUUAAGCCUUCCCCCUAAUCCUCUAGUGGCUGUCUCAUUGACAGCCACUAGAGGCGCUUGCGUGCUUCUCACUGUGAUUUUCACAGUGAGAGCACGCAAGCGUCCAUAGGAAAGCAUUAUGAAUGCUUUCCUAUGUGACUGGCUGAAUGCGCGCGCAGCUCUUGCCGCGCGUGCGCAUUCAUCCCAGGAGGAGGAACGGAGGAGGAGAGCUCCCCGCCCAGCGCUGGAAAAAGGCAAGUUUUUACCCCUUUCCCCUUUCCAGAGCCGGGCGGGAGGGGGACCCUGAGGGUGGGGGCACCCUCAGGGCACUAUAGUGCCAGGAAAACGAGUAUGUUUUCCUGGCACUAUAGUGGUCCUUUAAUGUUUUUUCUUCAUUGAAAAUGAAUGUAGUUGUAAUGUUUUUCAGUAUGAUUUGAGUGUCCACACUGCACACAUACCCACAAAAAAUACUAUGUUAACAUUCUAAUUUUAAACAGUUCUGCUUUUAAGGUAUGAGUGAGCAAGUAAGGUACUUUAAUGACAUUAAAGAUGCACUGUAACAUGGGGUUUCUUCACAAAGACAAGAUUUUGAGAAAUUCUAACUCAAUCUUAAAAUUUACAUGCAGCACAGUAGAAACAACUUUUUCACAUGUAGCAACCACAUCCUGCCAUUUCCUUUUAUCCAUCUGUCAAAGCUUAUUGGACACAGUAUCCACUUGCAUAUCUUCAAUAUGAAGAUUUUUUUUUAAAUCUUGUGCAUGAACAAGAGUAAGUAGUGAUGGCUGCUCUUGGCAGGGAAAGGUCCAGGAGAUGAAGAAAGAAGAUGGAGCAGUAGUUCAGGUAAGUAUAUCUUGCUUUGCCUUCUCCAUCCUAACACUACCUUCUAAACAGAAAUGUCACAUUGGUUAGUCUUUACAAAAACUGAAAAGACUUCAAAAGUGAGUGCUGCUGUAAAGGGUCACUCACACAGUAACAACUUUACAUCAAAGGUUUUGAAGGCCAUUAGCGCCCUGCAUCCACUCUCUUUUCUGAGAGUUGCUUCUAAUUGAAGUGACUUGUAAAUAUUGCCAAAGCUACAGGCCAGCCUACUGGCUCUGAUGGAGCAAAAAGUUUCUAUUUCCUCCUUUACUUUGUCAGUUUCAUCUAACUUGUGCAUAUGCCAUGUCCAGGUCUGUUUCAACAGCAUCCUCUGGAUCGCCUGAAGCCAGCUAUCCUUGGAUUGUUUGAGACAUGAAUUUGUCUGCAUACUUCCUAGUCACCCCUUUCAUUACUCUGAGUGGCCGGUGCAGUUUCCCAAGUGGUCAGCCUAUGGUUGACUGUUGCCAUUUAGGUGACCACACAUUAUGCUUCUAACACUGCAAAGUGGUUCAUGCAGACUAUACCUUUAAAGGGAACUUUUCAUCACAUAAUCAACUUUAGCUCUUUUAAAAGAGCUUAAAGUGUCAUGAAACAUUGUGCUAGUUGCUAGUAAAUGUAUAGAUUAGUAAAAAAAAAAUAUAUAAAUAUAAAUAUAUAUAUAUUUAUAUUUACAAAUAUUUUUUAUUUUUUCCUCUCCCAUCUGUCUGUCUUUUCCUUGUUGGCAGACACUGAAUGUCAAGGAAUUGAGGCAAGGAGAGCAGAAGAGACCUGUAAGUCCACCUGUAGUAACCACAGGGUAUGGACAGUGGUUGCUAUAGGAAUUCCCUAGCCAGUCCUGCUAGUAUUGGCUAGGGAGUAUAGGAACGGACUGAUGUCACUUCAUUCAGACGCUGGCAGCCGAGCCAGCCUGUGGGCGUUAUGGACCAGGUUUGGCCUACUUACAGAAGUUUCCCAAAGCAGGGCAAAGAAACGGAGGAGGAGUGUGGGUGCUCUCUUAAGUGGCUGUUACAGAAGUGUAAAACCCACCUCUUUAAUGAGAUGCAGCAUGGGAGCGGGGACCAAGUUAGUAGUACAGAUUGCCUUCAAAUAAGGGGUGCUGAACUUUUUUGAAUUUGGGAAAUUAAGUUUGCAAACCUCUGCAGUACCAUGGUUGUCCAUCAGUGCACAAGGAUAGAUAUAUAUAUAUAUAUAUAUAUAUAUAUAUAUAUAUAUAUAUAUAUAUAUAUAUAUAUAUAUAUAUAUAUAUAUAUAUAUAUAUAUAUACACACAUACACACGGAAAUGUACAAGAUAUCAGAGACGUACAGCCUUUAACAGAGGAUGCAUAUUACCAAAACUUCCUAUCCUGCCAGUCAAACAGCCGUCAACAUGGAAAAUUAUGGAAUGUAUGAUCUGUGAGUAAACACAUGUAAAUAAGGCAUAGUGUGUUGCUGUAAGCAUUGAAGAAAAAAAAGUGUUAUGAGUACAUGCAAUAUUAUAACCCCCAACAGUCUCACUCUAGUCCUCCAUACUGUGCAUGUGAUGAUUGUGUGUAAUGUGUGUGUACACAUGCUCAUUUCGCAUAGGCCACAAUGCCUCGAAUGUGGAGAAGCUCAAUUAAGGUAUCUCCAGAGUCGCCUCCUUAAAGGGACUCUCCAGUGCCAGGAAAACAAUCCGAUUUCCUGGCACUGCAGGUCCCACUCUCCCUCCCACCACCCAUCCCCGGUUGCGCAUUAGAGCUCUCCAUAGGAAGGCUUUGAAAAUGCUUUCCUAUGGGGAAUUGAGCAACGCUCGAGGUCCUCACAUAGGGUGAGGACGUCCAGCGACGCUCUAGCACCUGUGCUAUGAAGCAGGAAGUGCCCUCUAGUGGCUGUCUUGUAGACAGCCACUAGAGGAGGAGUUAUCAUUCAAGGUAAUUAUUGAGGUUUAUAAAAACAGCAAUAAUUACAGUUGCAGGGUUAAGGGUAGUGGGAGUUGGCACCCAGUCCACUCCAAUGGGCAGAAGUGGUCUGGGUGCCUGGAGUGUCCCUUUAACAAGCAUAAUGCUUGAUUGCGGUUAUAUGAGCAAACAGGCUGGGGAUAUCCCCUGAUUUUCUGUGCCAGACGUGGGAGCCCUUGCAGCAUACCUCUGGUCUGCUUGACAUUCAGUCUCCGCCCCGUGCGAUAGCUACUUUAUGCAUGAUAAGGGCUUACUUGGGGCCAUGUGGGGGGAGCUCGUGUUGUCCGCAUCAAAGUUAUCACCCGCGAUCUCCUCCAAUCUAUUGUUUCUCAUUAAAAAGCAAUGGGUUGGAACAAGGCAUGCACAGCCAAAUGUAGUGCUCCUCCAAUCAAAUACUGCAAUGAGCAACAUCUGAUUCACAGAUAAUUGACUUGGUUUGAAUGAGGAAGCACCUUCAGUGCCCAUCAAGAAGACAUCUAUUAGAGGGUGGGUUUAACCCCUUAAGAACUGAGCCAAAUGUACACGUUUUCAAAAUAAAACGUAAACAAAACUUGGAAUUUGACUCAACCGUAAUUCAUCUUUUAUAUUAAGUGCACCCACACUUAUUAUAGAUCAUUUUAUUCAGAAGAAAUAGGACUUUCAUUUAACAUCAAAUAUGUAGCUAUGAAACAUAUUUUAAUAUGAAUAAAAAAAAAUUGAAAAAUGAAGACAUUUUAUUUUUUUAGUUCUGCGUUACAUUUUAACUGUGAAUGUCAUAAGACUGUUUGUUUUUACUGCAAUAAAAUACACAGGUUUUGAUUCAGCGAUGUCUCACGUGUAAAACCGUACCCCUUGUGUACAGGUUCUACAGUGUUUUGAGAAGUUACAGGGUCAAAUAUAGCAUGUUACAUUUUUCUGUUUUUUUCACAUUGAAAUUCGCAAGAUUGGUUACGUUGCUUUUGAGACCGUAUGGUAGCUCAGGAAUGAGAAUUACCUCCAUGAUGGCAUACCAUUUCCAAUAGUAGACAACCAAGGUAGUGCAAAUUGGGUAUGUCCAGUCUUUUUUAGUAGCCACUUAGUCACAAACACUGGCCAAAGUUAGCGCUGAUAUUUGUGUGUGAAAAAUGCAAAAAACAAAUUUGAACGCAAAGUUUGCUUUGGGACUAAAGCCCCAGAUGUGCGACUCUUAAGCCCUGUAAAGCGGCACUGUCACACUGAACUUGCCUUUCUCCUAUGGUUUCCUCUUCUCUUCCUCUCUCAGAACCUGUUCUUCUUCUUUUCUUGAUUUCUGAUUCUUUGACCAAAGGAGGAGCUUAACUCAGCUCCAUUUCCUGUGUCAGAGAAAGUACUCAACCUCCUUCUUGACACAGGAACUGAAGUUGACUUAAGCUCCUCCUUUGGUCAAAGAAAGUCAAGCGUCAAAGCUUUUCCAUCUAGGGUAUAUCUACUAAACUGAUUUUAUUUUGUAUUUGGGCAGUGGAAUCUUAAAUGUGAAAUUCACUUGAGUAACCUUGCAAGUUUUAUUUUACUGCAGUUAAAACUGUUAGUCUUUGGGGUUACGUCAGUUUUGUACUGGAUUCUGUGAUUUAAAAAUAAUAAUAAUUAUUUACCAUAUCGGCAUAAUUGCUCAAGCUCUGCUAUUUUGGAUAUGUUUAAGCCAAUUUUCAAGUCUCUCUGCAGAUUCUGUUGCCCUGGGGGUCAGGAAAUGUCUUCGGGAGGAUACUUACUGCAAUAUUUAUUUGUAAUUUGAAUCGACAUUUUAUAGUAUUUUCAAACAUGGACAUCUCCUUUUCCAUAAGGGUAUCUGCAAGCCUGUAUCUGCUCUUCUCCUGCACUAAUCCUUCAACUAUUUCAGUGGCCUUUUUAGCAUCACACCCUACUUGGCCCUGUCAUGUUUGACUUGCCUGCUCACGUUCCUAUGGAACCAAAUGCUUCUGCUGUGUUACAUGUCUUUGUUUUAAAUCCCCCUUUUCAAGAUUGAACAUUUGCUUGUUUUCAAGAUUCCAGCGCCUUUUCAUUUUCAACAAAGUCCAACUGUCUCUUGUCUAUCUAAGCAGACCUGUUUUACUGAAUUAAUUCAGGGAAAAUCAUUCAGCAAGCUUUGUUAGAGUGUGUAGAAUAUCUGCUUAAUUUCAAUGCAAACAUUACAAACAUUACAGAUAUCCAGGCCAAGCCCCAGUGCAUGUUACUUCUCAGAAAAUUUGGCUUAAAUGCACAGGGGAGAUUAUAGGUUAGGACAGAAUUAAAGUUCUGGGGUUUUAAAUAACUAUUUUUAAAAUUGUCCCUUGUGUUCUGCGUGAUAUAGAUAUACGUUAAUGGUUUUGCGCACACAAUAUCAAAUGUUGAGUAUAUCGAUAGUUCUUGCUAAUAUUAGAAAUGUUUUUUUUUUUCCCUUAGUUUCCGUUCUCUAUAGUUCGCAUAGAGGUUGGAUGACUGAGAAUCUUGUUGAUUUAAAUUAAAGGGACACUCCAAGUACCAGCACAACUACAUGUUUUUGUAAUGGUUUUGGUUCAUAAAUACUUAUUCGUUUCUCAGACAGUGUCAGACACUGUCGCUUGAGCCACUUAAUUUUCACAGGUCUUCAUGUUCAUCUACUGAUCAAUUCCCAGGUUACUUAGUAACCCCACCACUCUAUCCAUAGCUGAGAUCAUCAUUAUUGAUUAAAUAAGCCAAUGUGAUGAUUCUACAAAGAGAACCUUCAUGGAGCCUACUGUGCGUGCACAACAAUUGCAGCAAGUCAUCAAUUUAUCUCUAUGGGGAGUGUUUGUGUCUUCAUGCUGACGUUGGUCCUGCAAUCCUUGGAAGCACCUCUAGUGGCUGUCAGAAUGACAACAAAUAGAGGCAUCCUUAAAGGACCACUCUAGGCACCCAGACCACUUCAGCUUAAUGAAGUGGUCUGGGUGCCAGGUCCAGCUAGGCUUAACCCAUUCUUUUAUAAACAUAGCAGUUUCAGAGAAACUGCUAUGUUUAUCAAUGGGUUAAGCCUUCCCCCAAUUCCUCUAGUGGCAGUCUCAUUGACAGCCGCUAGAGACGCUUGCGUGCUUCUCACUGUGAAAAUCAGUGAGAGCACGCAAGCGUCCAUAGGAAAGCAUUGAUAAUGCUUUCCUAUGUGACCGGCUGAAUGCGCGCGCAGCUCUUGCCGCGCGUGCGCAUUCAGCCGCAUGGGAGGAGAAGAGCUCCCCGCCCAGCGCUGGAAAGAGGUAAGUUUUUACCCCUUUCCCCCUUCCAGAGCUGGGCGGGAGGGGGACCCUGAGGGUGGGGGCACCUUCAGGGCACUAUAGUGCCAGGAAAAUGAGUGUUUGUUUUCCUGGCACAAUAGUGGUCCUUUAAGGGUAAAUGUAAACACAGAAAAGGCAGUGUUUUUGGACCACAGGGUUCAGGAACAGGCUUUUUGCAACAAAAACACUACGUUAAAUGGACACUCUAAGCACCAAAAAUAUUUCUGAUUAAUGAAAUAAUAAUUUCGACUUUUAUCAGGAAUAAUUUGGACUUUUAUGUGUAGGCAGACUCGGCCACGGGAGGUGUGGCUACGUAAACAAAUGGAUUUGGUCCUUUAGAUUUUAAGCUCACAGGCUAUCUAACUAACCACUUUAAAUAAAAGAGCUUCAAUGGCUUGAUGUCAGCUGAAGGGCAGGGCCUCUCUAGCGUUUGUAUUUAUCUGUGUAUAUUGUACGUCCUCCACUAAUUGUACAACGCUUUAUAAAUACCAGUAUUAAAUAAAUAAAUCCUAAAUGGCAUAGAUUUGAUCAGCGAGACUGCAGACGCAUGACUUGUACACCAAGACCACUUCAUUAAGAUAAAGCUGUUUUGGUGCUUAGUGUUCCUUUAAGCUGUAGUUGUUCUUGUGCUUAGACUGCUUUUUAACUCCCAAAGUGCCAACAUCUGUUUUUUUAAUAAAUUCUUUAUUUUGAAUUUUAGAUAGUGUACGUUUUCGGGGUGGGGGUACAGAAAGAAAGUAGGGGGAUGUUGUUCGUGGUACAGGCAUGCAUCACAUUCAGGUAUUGUACACAAUGUAUUGACUGUCCACGUGCAAGUGGAAGUUGUUCAGUAACAUCUUUAGCAUAUUUACAUGUCCAGUGUUCUCUUUCGCUCUCGUGACAGUUUGCAAUCCUGUUUCUUCUAGGGUUUGAGGUGGGGUACAGAAGUGAAAGAGAUGGGGGAAGGAGUGCCCUCCCGUAGCGGUCUGUUGCUUAUAUUUUGAGGUAUUUCUGUGGCUUGGUCCUGUCUUGUGGUCUGUAUGUCCUGUACCUCUUAGUUGUGGGCAUUGAGUUUUGGGUAAUUUGCGGCUUUGGUCUUUUCUCGUCUGUUUAGUUUGGUGUGGGGAAUAAUGGUGAGGGUCGGGGGUCAGCGUGUGUUGUCCUGAGUUUCCUUUAGGAUUUUUCCCCUAUGUUGUUGAGGUGGGUGUGUUGGUGAUGUUGGGUUCUCUUGUUGUCGUUGGUCUUAGGUGCAUAUGUUUGUGGUGAUUUUUGCGUGGUCCUAGUGUCGGAUGGCCGUGUGGAUCUGGAAGGGGGCAAGAGAGAGGGGGAAAAAAAAAAGGGGUGGGGGGUGUUUUCGGGUUGGUAGGGUACCCUGAUGGGGGGCUUCAUGUGCCCUGGUUCGAGGCGUGAUGGGUGUGUGGUUUGCUCAGUGUGUGCGGGGGGGGAGGUUCGGGUAUUCGUAGAACCAUGGGUCCCAGAUUUUGUGGUAGUGUUUGGUGGUAUCGUGUAGUAAUGCGGACAGUUCGUCCACUUUAAUUGCGUCUGUUAUUUUUCGUCUGAUUGCCUCCAUGGUCGGUGUUUCAUUGCUACCCCAUUUUUCGGCUAUCGCCCGUCUGGCUGCUAGUGUCAGUUUGUUUUGGGCUCUGGGUAUGUCAGCGUAUGGUUUCGAUAGCAGCCAGAUCCAGGGGUUUAGCGGAAUAUCUGUGUGUAGGAUUCUGGAGACCAUGGUUGCUACUUGUUGCCAGAUUUGUUUGAUUGGGGGGCAUUCCCACCAUUGGUGGAGGUAGGUUCCUUUAUGGCCGCAUACCUUCCAGCAUAAGUCUGUAUCUGACCUGCCCAUCUGUUUAAGCUUGAGGGGGGUGAUGUACCAUCUCAUGAGUGUUUUGUAGGCCUGUUCCUUAUGAUUUACGCAGAUGGAGAUCGUUGCUGUGGCCUCCCAUAUAUCUGCCCAGUCUGUUGGGUCCUCUGCCAGACCUAGGUCCCUCUCCCAAGCCGACAUUUUUGACGUUUUGAAUAAUGCGUGUGUAAAGUGCUGAGAUUUGUCCCUUUUGAAUUGGGGCUUGCAUGCAUUGUUUCUCGAAGGUGGUAAGUGCCGUUGUAGCCGCUUUUGUAUAUUCCGGUGUUGCUAGGAAGCUUCUGAUCUGUAUGUGCCUGAAUAGGUCAAAUGUUUGGAAUGGUGUCGUUUGCUGUAGUUCGGAGAAUGGGGUAAUGUGCUGGCCCUGGAAGAAGUGGUAUAGGCGUGUGAGGUUGUUGUCUUCGUAGCGCGUGAAGUCUUUGGGUGUCAUGCCUGGGGGGAAUUUCGUGUUGCGGAGUAUUGGGGUGAGGUGGGACAGGGGUGCGAUGAGGCCACUUUUGUGUGUAACUUUGUCCCAAAUUUUGAUUGUGUUGGUCAGUGCUGGGGUAGUCUGUGGCAUAGAGGGUCUGGCUUGUUUUGGUAGCCAUAUGUAGAGGGAUGGGUGAUCUCUACCGAAUAUGUCGUGCUCAAGGUCUACCCAUCGCUUAACUCCGUAAGGGGCGUGCAGGUGUUGGGCUUGCGUUACUUGCGCUGCUUGGUAGUAAUGAAUAAGGUGAGGGAGGCAGAGGCCUCCCGCCCUGUUCGGUACGUAUAGGGUUUGCCUUUUUAUACUUGUGCGUCGAUUGGACCAUAUGAACUUGUCUAUUCGUGACUGUAGCUGUUUGAAGUAUGGAGUGGGAUUGGGAGAGCUUGAAAUAAGUAUAGCAGUCUGGGUAGGAGGUUCAUUUUUACCGAGGCCAGUCUACCUAGCCAGGAUAUCGACAUGUUCUGCCAUGUGGCGAGGUCGUGUGUGAUUUUUUUAUUUUUUUUUUAUUUUUUUUUUGUAUGAUUGGGGUGUAGUUCUUGGAGUAUAUUUGGGUGAGGUCUGUUGUUAAGGUAAUGCCCAAGUAUUGUAUUUGGUUAGAGUUUAGCUUAAAGGGGUAUGUCUUCUGUAGGUGCGCCAACGUGGGGGGUCUAUAUGUAUGGGUAGGGCUUCUGUUUUAUCAAUAUUGAGUUUGUAUCCGGAUAUUGCUGGAUAUUGCUCUAGGGCUUGAAUAAGUGGUGGUAAGGAGGCUGUUGGGUCGGUGAUGGUGACGAGCAAGUCGUCUGCGUAUGCUGCGGUCUUGUAUUCUUCUUCACGGAUUUUGAAGCCUUUUAUGGCUGCAUUUCAUCUGAGGUUCUGUAGAAGCGGUUCUAAAGAUAGGGCAAAUAAUAUUGGAGAUAGGGGACAUCCCUGACGUGUUCCAUUGUGUAUGGUGAACAUGGGUGGUUGUGUGAGGGGCAAUAGGAGACUGGCCCUCGGCAAGGCAUAUAGUGUUUGUAGAGUUUCUAGGAAGCCUGUGGGGAAUCUGAAUUUGUGGAGGGUUGCGAAUAGGUAUGGCCAGAGCACCCUAUCGAAGGCCUUUUCUGCAUCAAGUGAUAGUAUUAGGGUGGGGAUCCGUUUUGACGUUGCGGCCCAGAUGAGGCCGUAUGUUCUUCUGGUGUUGUCGCUGGCCUGUCUUGUGGGGAUAAAACCUACUUGGUCAGGAUGGAUGAGUUGAGGUAGGUAGGGGCAUAUCCGAUCUGCCAUGAGUUUGGUGAAUAAUUUUAUGUCUACGUUAAGUAGGGAGAUGGGCCUGUAGUGUCCCGGAUCUAAGUGUGUUUUAUUGGGUUUGGGAAGGAGGCAGACUGUGGCCUGGAGCAUUUCCUGUGGUAGUGGGUUGCCUUGUAGGAUGGCGUUAUAUAGGUUGCAUAGGUGGGGGCGAACGUUUUAUAGUACAAUCCUGUGAACCUGUCCGGGCCUGGGCUUUUAUUUGGUUUGAGCGAUUUCAUGGUGCCCGCGAGCAACAUCUGUUUUUUGAUGCAAGUUAUUGUGAUUACUAACAAUAGUUCUGUGAACUUACAGGGAUACUAUAGUUCUAGGAAAACAAACCUGUUUUAUGGCAUUAUAGGCUCUUACGGGGCCCCCCCUCCCUCGGUGCUGAAGGGGUAAAAACCCCUUCAGCCACUUACCUUAAUCCUGUGCCGGGCUCCCUCAGCGCCAGUGACCUCUCCUCCCCUGCCGACAUCAGGGGGAGGAGAGCCAAAUGCGCAUGCGCGGCCAGAGGCAUGUGCGCGCAUUCAAACCCGCGCGCAGAACACGGGUGUGACAAUAGCUGCACUUGCACCAAAGUUCCCCAGUGAUUCUCAUGAGAAGUAUUGGAUUAGACCAAGAUCAUCACUUGUGAUGACUUCAGAAGAGGAGAAGAAGCUGGCUGUCAGUCUGUCUGUGUUUGUGAAACCUGUGAAUGAAAUUGUGUGUUUUUAUUUUUUAUUAUUAUUAUUAUUACUAUACAAGGGAGGGCCCUUAAUCUAAAGAGAAAUAAAACACACAAGUUUAUUUUUUAUCUUUGAAUGUUCCUUUUAGAAUGAUUUAUCUACUGUAAUGCAUUUGUCAGUACUGAUGGUUUUUGUGAAGAAAUGUGCUGAAAACUGUAUACUAUUUUAAUUUGCUAUUUAUCCAAAGUGCAGACUUUUUGUCGUGAGGUUCAAGGACGCGAUUGUGUAUAGUCUUUUCUCUGCUUUUCAAAAGAAGUAAAACACAUUUAAACUUAAUAUUGUUUUAAAAGGUUUUUGGCAUAAACAUGUGCUGUUAAAUUGCUCGUUAAUGUAAUUAACAAAUAUAUAUAACCUUAAAUUUGAUCUUUCUGUGAACUGCAAUUUCUUGUUCUACUCUAGCAUCCACAUUAAUGCUUUGGUUCAUUAAUCAGUCUGACAGAGGCAGAAAAACAAUAUGGGAUACUGUUUCAGUUGUGAUGAGUAAAUGUCAAUGAUUUUUGCUGCCUUUGGACAGUGAGUGGCUAAAUUAAGCAAUUCCAUGCAUGGGCCAUCUGUAAUGCAAGUGCGAUCUUGAGAUACUGUUGAUGAAGAGCUGGUAUUUUUUUUUUUUUUUUUUUUACCAAGUCUGGUUUAAGUUUAACAUAGAGAUUGUAACUUUUUUAUUUUUAAUAUAUUCGCAAAGAUGUCAAGAGCAGCCAUCAAACUGCAACAACUAAGCCUUUAUUUGCUUAGUAUUAUAACUGUUAAAGGUAGACGUCGAGCAUUAUAAAAUUUGCUCUCCGCAUAACUUUAUAGUUUUGCUGGUCUGGAUCUCUCAUGUCUUCUAUUCCAAAACUGACAGGAGACACAUGGACAGGGCAAAAAGGUUAAUGGAACACUAUAGGAUCAGGAACACAAACAUGUAUUCCUGACCCUAUAAUGUUAAACUAUUUAGCCCUCCUGGUCCCCUUUAAAGCUAGUAAAAACUCCACUUAUUUCUAGCACUGCGCAGGUCCACCAGCGCUGUCUUUGCCCCCCGUUUUGCCUCUUUGACUAGCAUAAUCCGAAUCCCAUAGGAAAGCAUUGGAUUGGCUGAGAUGGCCAAUUAUGAUGAUCUCAGCCAAGUAGGCAGGCUGGGGGCGGAGCCAAACUCUGCCCUGGCCAAUCAACAUCUCCUGCAUUGAUUCAAUGCAUCUCUAUAACAACGUGGAGACGCUGAACUUCAUGGCAGCACUGCCCCAAGAAGCACCUCUAGUAGCCAUCCCUUUAACCUUGACUCAGGAAGGUUCUAAGCAUGCUAGUUACAUACUAACCUGUAUUUCCAAUACUAUAAUGUUCCUAUUUUGAUUAAAGGCUGAAAUGUAAUUUAAAAAGGAAAAAGUUUCUUACCUACCCUUUUCCAGCUCAGAGACUUCACUCGGUGCUGCCGUCUGUUUCUUCUCCCGUGAUGUCACUCAUCAGGCAUCGCCUACAUUGUGUCUUGUCCAGCCCAAUGAUUUUCAUAGAAAAUGUGCAUGGUCAGCAAGUGCUGUUCAUCCACUGAAAUGUUUCUCAUAGGGAAGCAUCCAAUCCAAUGCUUUCAUAAGAGUGGCAUUUGUUGACAUUCAACAUCCUCAUGCAGUGUAUGAGGAUAUCAAACUCUUUUUUUGCAUUUGUCCUGGGUUACAUGGACCAAGCAGCCAGCCAAAUACAGUUAGAAUAAAAUUUCAUAUAGAUAGAUCAUUUUUAAUAUUUUUACAUUUUUUAUUUAAUUUACUUAUUUGUAUUUUAUUAUUAUAUAUUAUAUAUAUAUGUGUAAUUUAAUUAUAAGUGUAUUUUUAUAUUAAUAUAUAUAUAUUAAUAUAAAAAUACACUUAGUGUGACUAUAAUUAUAGACAUAUAUUAUAAUAUGUCUAUAUAUCAUAUUUAUAUACAUAUUUUUUUAUUAGCAGUUACAUUAAUUAUUAUUUUUUUAUUUUAGACUAGCAGGGAGACUGCCUGUCAGCACAGGCAGUCCCCCUGCAGGCAGACACAUGGACACCUUUUGUGACCAUGUGAUUGCUCUGUUGAGCGAUCACAUGGCCCCAGGGGUCCGAAUCCGCCAUGGGGAGACUGCCUGGGCUGCAGGCAGUGUUCCCACACCGGGAGCAACGCCUAUCGCCGCCGGGGGAACGGCGGCGAUCGGGUAAGUACAUCUGACCGUUGUGACGGUUCAGGACCGGCAGCGGUCGGCAACGCAAAAAUGCCGAUGCCGGUCCUGAACAGUCACCGGUCCUUAAGGGGUUAAAUAAAAAAAAAAAACAAUUGCGUGAGCAAUUGAUGGCCCAUUCACCGGAUACACCCCGAUAUAUAAAGAGCUUACCAACACAUCAGAUCUUUAGCUUGAGUGACCUACUUCAGUGUUGGAAUAAACCGUGCCCUAUCAGCAUGCAUCCUCAGCACAUUUUUGGGAUGAUGAGUCAGACUGUCCUUGUCCAACCUGCUUCUGUCAACUAUUACCAUUAUCCUCAACAUUCCCCUGCUCUGCCUUAGUGUGAUGAUAGUAGAGGAGGUGCUGUUGCUGCUGCUCUCCCUUUUAAAAUGCCUUUUAUUGUUUGUUUCACCCUGCCUUAUGUUAAAAAAGUAGUUGCUACUAGUUGGAUUUCGUACUACUGUAAUGUUACUGUAACAUGCACUAAACCUAAACCAGUGACUCAAAGUUAGUGUAAGGGGCAGUGGCUAGGGGCGCAGCAAUAACCUAACAACCUCACCAGUCUAACACUAGAAUCUGUGAGAGCCCAUCUCCUAUGCUAACACAGAUCCACCAAUACCAUUGUACAGCGCUGUGGAAUUUGUUGGUGCUUUAGAAAUGGUAAUAAUAGUGAAAUACACAAUCGCUGCUGGUCUGCCUCCCUGAAUAGCUGAAUUUAAAACCUCUUGAAGAAUUCUGCUUGAAAAUAUAGAUUUAUAUAUAAAUAUAUAAAAAAAAAUUCUGCUCCUCCUUUUUCCCCUAUGCUGGUCACUUCUCACUUGGUCUGUAAAUAAAAUAAACAUUUAGUGACUGUGCUAGCCAUUAAACAUCAUAUUGGGGGAAAGUUAUCAAGGCCAAACAGGUUGUAUUUUAGAUGCAAAGUGCUAAGUUUCCAUGGAGAUUGCUCCUUCUUUAGCACUUUGUCCAAGAAUACCACCUGUUUUUGCCUUGAUAAAACACCCUCAUGGUUUAUUUAUGGAUCAUAAUCUUUUUAGCCCAGAGAGUUUGGAGUGUCCAUGAAAAUAGAGACACUUGGCAUCAAUAGCAACUGUCUGACUAGAUUGCAAACACGUGUGGGGAGAGAUAAAAGAGGGGGGGUGGAGGGGAGCGUUUUAAAUAAUGCAGAAUGUACAGUCUCCUUCGAUUAAAGCCAGUCUGGCUGCUUACAACGAAAUGUGACAAUAUUUACUGUCUAUUAUCACUUUGCUAUUUUAUAAACAUCAGCCACAAUGUUGGCCUCUGAAAGCAUAAUGAACCGCAAAAAGGAAAAGCAUAAAAUAAAUUAUUUAUUUUAUUAUUUAUUUAUAAAAUAUUUUACCAGGAAGGAUACAUUGAGAUUUCUCUUGUUUUCAAGUGUCCUGAGUCCACAAAACAUUGCAUUGAUACAAUAGGGUACAAUAAAAUACAAAAACAACAUUAAUACACAAUAUAUACAAAAUUUAACAUAGAACAGGUAGGAAAUAUAUAAUCAACCAUGACACGUGCAUUCUGUUUUGAGAUAUGUAAAGCGGGAUAUCUUAAAGGAUUUUAGGCCUGGGGAAGAUUUGAAAGUGUGCGGGAGGUCGUUCCAUAAUUGUGGUGCUUUGUAGGAAAAUGAGGAUCAAGCUGCUUUCUUUUUGUAUUGAGGUAGACUAAAUAAAGUGCCGGUACUGGAUUGGAGAUAAUAGGAGGUGGGAACAUCCGGGGAGAGUAUUCUGCUAAAGUAGGGUGGGAGCUUCCCAGAAAAGCUCUUAAACACAAGGCUGGAAAGAAGAAAGGUGAGUCUGGAUUCCAGCGACAGCCAAUUUAGUUCUUUUAGCAUGUCACAAUGGUAGGUCGUGUAAUUACAUUGUAGCACAAGGCGACAGAACUAGUUAUACACUGUAUUUAGUUUAUUAAGGUGGGUUUGCGGAGCAGGUGCAUAUACUACAUCCCCAUAAUCAAUGAUUGGCAGCAUUUGCUGUACAAUCUUUUCCUUUACCGUAGGGCAUAGGCAGGAUUUGUUUCUGUACAGGGCACCUACGUUUAGAUAAGGUUUAGAUGCAAGUUUUUCUAUGUGGAGGCCAAAAGAUAAAUUUGGAUCUAACGACAUACUCAAGUAUUUGAAAGUGUGGACUGCGGUCGGUGUACUAUUUGAAUUUGUUUUGAUGCAUAGAUGGGAAUUUUGUAAUUUGUGUAAUUUAGGUACUGUUCCAAAUAUCAUUGUGACAGUUUUGUCAGUGUUUAGGAAGAGGUUUUUUUUUUUGUGAUCCACUUUUCUACCUCUGUGAAUUGGUCUUAGAGCACAGCCUCAAGCUGUGAUAGAUUGGAUUUGCUUGCAUAGAUUACUAUUGGAAAUUCUCUUCUGAGAUAAUGCUGAAGAUCUAGAGCUAUUGGAAUGUGAUUGUAAGCAUCCUUGAGAUAUAUAGAGAUAAGGAACUUAUCCUUCCAAAUUGCUUGAGAUAUGGAUCUGAUUGACUUCAUCCCGAAGACUCUGACAUUCAGCCUUUUGUUGGCCCUUCUUAGGUCUAGUAUAGGCUUCCAUGUGCCUUUUCUUUUAGCACCAGAAGAGAGGCGAAUAUUGUUCCUGGACUCGCUCUUGUUAUGGGACCUAAGAAAUAACCUCUUCGUCCAGAAGGUUUCUUACAUAUUCCUUCAGUGCUAUACCUUUAGAUUCAUCUGUCUGAAUUCUCUUGUUGGCAUAGAGACUCCUGUGUCUAAAGAGAAAAAAAAACUCCAGUCUAUAUCCAUCUGUACUAUGGAUACCACCCAAGUCUUCCGAAUGUGACAAACCCAGGUAUGUCUGAUCAGAAAAAAUAAGGCUCCUAGUACUGGAGGACAGACACAUGUUUAUUGCUGAAGAGCAAAAGUACUGCUUCAUAGCUCUAUUAGAACCUCGAAAGGCAGGUAUACCAACUGCCAUGAGUUACCUCUGGAGUAUUCCCUGCAUGGUCAGUAACUCCAUGUAUCUCAGAAAUGCUGGUCACUGGAGGUUCUCCUGUCUGACCAUGAGGAGCUGGGAUUCUUGGAUCUUCAGUCCUGAGACACAAAUACCUUGCAGCCCUCAGCUGCCUUUUUAAUGGAUUCAUCAAAAGCUUUCCCAAACAGCAGCUCCACUUCAAAUAGAAUGGCGUAGAGGGCAGACUUGGAGGAUGAGUCUUCAUCCCAGAAACAGAACCAUAAUGCUUUCCUAGCUGUUCUAGACAAAGCCAUUUGUUCGAGAGAAUAUCCUAGUUACAUCUAGGGAAGCUUCUGUGAAGAAAUCCGUUGUGACCUGAAGACUUCAGACUGCCUCUUCAAUCUUGGCUCUUAAUAUCUCUCUCCAUAAUAACCUUUAGAUCUUUAACCCCUUAGUGACCAUGGACGUAUCUGGUACGUCCGACAAAAAUGGUCUCCGCUCCAGCAGCUCUAAUAGUAUGGCAGUGAUGCCUCGAUGUUGAGGCAUUGCUGCAAUACCCCCCUCACUCCUGGCAGAGCAUUGGAAGCUAUCAGGCAGGUAGAGUACUGUACGGGGUCGAGGCAGUCCCCCUGCUGGUGGAAAAAGUUUAAAUAAAUAAAAGGUAAUAAAUUUAAAAAAGAAUAUACAUGUAUAUAGAAGUGUGUGUGUGUAUAUGUAAUCUCUAUAUAUAAAAUGUGUGUGUGUGUAUAUAACGUCAUACUAAGUGUAUUUUUUAUUAAUAUAUAUAUACGUGUGUGUGUAUAUAUAUCAAAAUACACUUAGAAUGAAAUAUAUAUGUAUGUGUGUGUAUGUAUGUGUGUGUAUAUAUAUAUAUAUAUAUAUAUAUAAUAUAUGUGUAUGUAUAUGUAUAUAUAUCCACUUUAACGACUGUGGAUGUACCAUGUACAUCCGAUUUAAAAAUAAAUAAAUAAAUAAAAAAAAUUAAGGAACACGGACUUACCUAGUACGACCGCGGCAAAUAGGAGUGGUCGGGGGGACCAGCAGCUCUCGGCCCUUCACCAUGAUCACAUAGCCGCAAUAGGAGUCUAGGAGCUGCCAGCAGGGGGACUGUCUGAACUGUCAGACAGUCCCCCAGGCUGCUAAAAAAAUACAUAUAUACCGGUAUGUAUAAUAUAUUAUAAAAUAAUUAAAGCAUUUUAUAAUAUAUUAUACAUAUAUGAUUUCAUUAUAAGUGUAUUUUGAGAUAUGUAUAUAAUGAAAUCAUAUAUAUGCAUAGUAUAUUAUAAAAUGCUUUAAAGGACCACUAUAGUGCAAGGAAAACAUACUCGUUUUCCUGGCUCUAUAGGGUCUUUGGGUCUCCCUCACCCUCGUGGCCCCCCACCGCCGGGCUGAAGGGGGAGAAAGGGGUUAAACACUUACCUUUCUCCAGUGCCGGGCUCUCCUCCUCAUUUCCCGUCAUCGGCUGAAUGCGCAUGAGCCGCGUGCGCAGUCAGUCAGUCUCAUAGGAAAGCAUUCUCAAUGCUUUCUUAUGGACGCUGGUGUCUUAUCACUGUGAAAAUCACAGUGGGAAGCGCAUCUAGCGGCUGUCAAUGAGACAGCCACUAGAGGCUCGAUUAACCCUAUUGUAAACAUAGCAGUUUCUCUGAAAAUAUAUAUAUAUAUAUAUAUAUAUAUAUAUAUACAUACAUAUACCCUGGUCCUUAACGGUAAGAAAAUUGAAAAGCGGUCUAGUCACUAAGGGGUUAAAAGAUUUUAUCUACUGUUCUAUAUAUUAAAGUAAGUUACAUCUAAAUGAAAGUGAAACCAACUUUUUUAUGCAGGCUAUGUCAGUCACAGCCAGGGGAAGUGUGGCUAGAGCAGCAUGGACAGAAACAAGUGAUUUAACUCCUAAAUGGCAGUGAAUUGAGCAGUGCUGAUUACAGUGGCCCUUUAAAAGUCAGAUGCUACUCCCGUGCAUCAAAAGGUGAUCCAGUCUUAGGGUCGACCAAGAGAGCAAAAUAUCCAGGUGAUAGGCAGGAGGGAGUUGCACAUAGCUCCCCACUCCUACCGGUCACUAACUGUUGAGUGGCCUCGUAGAUUGGGGUAGAGGAUUUUCUUUAUCCUGUACCCAGUAUGAUAGGGAGCUGCUCGCUGUGACUGGCGGGGGCAGGUAUUCAGCAGGAAAUGGCUUCUUGUUAGAUUGGGCAGAGGGCAAAGCUGAUCUUCUACCGCAGUCUGCAAGGCCACGUUGCAGAGAGGGGUAAGCGAAUCAAAGGGUGGGCAAUAAGAGAUACCAAAGUGGAGUUUAAAGGACAUGUAAAAGGUGCAUAGCAGACCACCCAAGGGGAGUUAAAGACUCAAAAGCCAGAAUAAGAACAAAAAAAAGGGGGGAUACAAUAUGAAAAAGGAAGAAAAGCGACACAAAAAGGGAGGUAUGGUAUAUAAAAAAAAAAAAAAUAAAAAAAAAAUGGGGCUUAAUAGUUACCCGGGCCUACACAAAGUUAUUUUAAGGAGGACAAAAACAUUUCUUGAUAUAAAAAAAACCUUGCACCAGCCUUGCGUGAGGAUAAUGAUGGCUGAAAAAGUUCAACUACUUUCUGAUUUCAGUGGAAUUUAUCAUCAUGGCAUAUUGCCUGCAAAACUGAAAGCGACCAAGGUAUUUGAUAUUAAUAAUGUUAAUAUGGAUUCCUUUUCCGUGUAAUGCAUUAUAAACAAUGAGUUCACUCCAGCCUAGACUGACCAUUAAACAACCUUUCAUAUAGCUGUUGGCUCUGCUCAUACCCAAGUAUUGCUGAUUCCUUACUGUCAAACAGCAAGAUUUGCUCUGGUAAUCCGUUUUAAAUUUAUAUAUAUAUCUGGGAAUAUAAAUCAGGAUUACAAGGACAGCUGUAUAUUUAUUCUUUAUUAUAAACAAUGAUUAUGUGAAAGACAUUUUGUUGCUGGAUUGAGAGAAGACAAGUCUGGAAUAAAGAUAUUUCUAAAGCUAAUCUAUAAAUCAUGUUUUGAGAUGCGUUUUUUUUUUUUUUGAGGCUUCCGAAGCUCUGCCUUCGUGCGGAGUGCCAUGAGGGGUUGAGGCACUCAGUGAAGAUAAAUUAAUUAAAAAAAUAAUAAUAAUUAAAAAUUAAAAACCCCCUCCCCAGGACCUCGGACGACAUAGUACCUCCGAGGUAAUCCUAUGUACUUACCUGAUCACCGCCGUUCCCUCGCCGGCGAUCGUGGUUUUCCAGACAUUUCCUCCCUCUGCAAAUUAGGCCCCCGGUCACAUGGCCGCAAUAGGCGUCCAGGCAUCUGCCUGCAGGGGGACUGACUGAACUGUGUGUGUGUGUGUGUAUGUGUGUGUGUGUGUGUGUAUAUAUAUAUAUAUAUAUAUAUAAACGUGUGUGUUCCAAUUGCUUGAACUCCAGGAUAGGGAGUUGAGCCCAGUGCUUAACAGCCAAAUAAUAGAAAUGUAGUAAUGAUAGCAUUAGAUAGAUAUAGAUUCCCUCGCAUCUCAUCUGUACUCUGUCUUCUUCUUUCUCCACCUCUCACUAAAAUUCUCAAUCUCUCUCUCUCCUCUGGUAUAUUUCCAUUGCCUUUCAAACAUGCAACUGUAACCCCAAUUCUAAAGAAGCCCAAUCUUGACCCUAACUCCCCAUCCAACUAUCGUCCUAUCUCACUACUGCCUUUUGCAUCCAAGAUCCUUGAAAAAAUUGUGUAUGCGAGAUUGACAGACUUCCUCGAGUCCAACUCUCUGCUAGACCCGCUUCAGUCUGGUUUCCGCGAUAAGCACUCUGUGGAAACGGCACUGACCAAAGUAUCCAAUGAUAUACUCGCUGCAAAAUCUCGUGGUCACUACUCUAUCCUAAUUCUACUGGACCUGUCUGCGGGGCUUGACACUGUUGACCAUCAACAGCUUCUUCUCAUCCUCCGCAAUAUCGGUCUACAAGAUAUUGCUCUCUCCUGGUGCUCCUCCUACGUCUCCCAGCGCUCUUUCAGUGUUUCUUUCUCUGGCUCUGCUUCUUCUCCCCAACUCCUCUCUGUUGGUGUCCCCCAAGGUUCAGUCCUUGGUCCCCUACUGUUCUCCAUCUAUACUGCCUCCCUUGGUAAACUCAUUAGCUCCUUUGGCUUCCAAUAUCAUUUCUAUGCAGAUGACACGCAAAUCUAUCUGUCCUCUUCUGAUCUCUCCCCGUCCCUCUUGACUAGUGUCUCUGACUGCCUCUCUGCUGUUUCUAACUGGAUGGCUGCCCACUUCCUUAAAGUAAACUUGACCAAAACUGAAAUUCUGGUCUUUCCUCCCUCAAGUGUUGUUACUCCUGUGUCUGUCUCCCUCCAAGUUAGCGGUGCUACCAUCAGCUCCACCACUUAGGCUCGCUGCCUAGGUGUUUUCUCAUACUCCGACCUCUCCUUCAAGCCUCAUGUUCAAUCUAUCGCCAAAUCCUGUCAUUUCCAUCUCAAAAACAUUGCGCGCAUCCGCCCCUACUUUACGCCAGAUGCGACUAAGGUGUUGGUCAUCUUUUAUUGUGCCAAUCAUCUUUUAAUACUCCUUAUAUAUAUUUUAUUAUUUUUCUACCUGGCAUUUUAUCUUUCUGGACUCCAAGUAAUCCUGAGGUGGGGAUCAUACCACCAACGCUGUCGGCAAGGAGCAGUUUGCCUGCUCCACUCUUGUGAGUACCUUUUUAUGUAUUUUAUUUAUACUAUUUUAUCCAGUGAGCACUAUUGGUCGUCUUUUUAUUUUAUUUGAGUGUGGAACAUGCCCUUGGAAGAAGAAGCCUGCACCAUAUCCUAUAAGCGGGGAUCAUACCGCUGUACGCCUUUUAUACUAGAGCUAGCUAUAGCUCUAAUACAGGUGAGUGCAUUACCUAUCUUCUUUUUAUUUCUUGUACCAUAUUGGACGUACUACACUAUUUGGUUCUUGUAUCUGUUUUAUCGUUUCAUAAUAUUGGAACCCCCUGGGGAAGGACAGCGAUGACAUUGUUCCUGAACAAGCACUUUAUAGACUAUUUGAUCUAAAGAAGAUCCUUUCAGCUAAGACUUUUAAAUACAUAUUUAUAUUUUUAUUUGUCUAUUUUGGCGCAACCUUUAUCUUUGUUUGUUUUUUAAGCUGAAGCUCUGUUUGGACAUAGAGAUGACGAUGAGGAGGAAUCCAGUUUUGAAGUAUUUUAACUCUUGUGUGUUAGCUUGGUUGCUGAUUCAGUUAAGGUUUUUGUACUUUUAAAGUUAUUGUUGAUACCACAUUGUUUUUAUUGACCCUCUCUUCCGCUUACAGAGCUAGUUUACUGUUUUUCUUUGAAAUAUUCAAAAAUCUUUAACCUGCUGAUGUCUCAUUUAAUGUAAUUUUAUUGGUAUCUAUUUUUAUUUUUGAAAUUUACCAGUAACGGAUGCAUUUCUCACCCUAGGCUUAUACUCGAGUCAAUAGGUUUUCCCAGUUUUUUGUGGUAAAAUUAGGUGCCUUGUCUUAUAUUUGGGUCGGUUUAUACUCUAGUAUAUACGGUAAUUUUUUUUAAAUUUUAUUUUUCUUUCCCCCCCAUUCAGGUUUUAUUAUGGGAAAAUUCACAGACCACGUGUGUCCCACUACUGCAAACAUCCUGAGUUUGUAUUUUGCCGUCAUUCCUGGGUAGAAUGAUAAUCCACAUGUAUACCUUUUGUCUUAAUCCUGCCUAUAAUCCAACCAUAACCCUACCUAUAAUUCUAUUCCUAAUCUCACCUUUCAAGGGAUUCUUUCUGCUGACGUCCUAGCCCACUGAGCCCUCUGUACAGUGUAGUUGCAGCAUGAGAGGGAGUUCCAACUGUCAUGCUGCAGCACACAGAGAUUGGUGCUGGGCAGCUGACAGAGCCCAGCACCGAUCCUGUUGCAGGGGACAUGCAGGGAGGCCCUCUUGGGGAGAUAGUGCCAGGCUGGGGAAACUUAGAACAUUUUUAAAAUUACAGGUGUCAUAGCCCUCCUGUCAGUCUGACAGAGUGGACCCUCAGGUAAUCGCGGCAAGCCUUUGAAUGAAUGGGCAACAAAUACCACAGAAAAGUCUUCCCACAAGAGUGGGACCUGUUGUUGUUGGUUUUUCUUUUUUGUAAUGCUCUAGAGAAAUUUCAGACCAGGAUGCCCUUCACACCCUGUCAUUCUGGCUUUGUUUUAGAUAACAACCUGGGCAUCUUUAUGGCUAUUUUGAAAGAUAACAUGGCUUACAGUUCUUCCAUUUAAUGUGCGCACCCACCCUGUGUGUUCAGACAAGCUGAUAAAACAUAUAGUUUCCCAACGGCAUAGAAAGAUUGUUCGGGAACAGCAAAACACAGUAAAUACAGAUUGUGCCAGAAUUCACAAAGAUAUGAAGAAAAAUUGCCUGUUAUCUGCCAAGUCAUUGAGAUGCUCCUGAGAACAGCUGGCUUACUGCAGCUUCCCAGCUGAUGGUAUAAUGUUUUUGCUAUUUUGGAAAGAAAGUCUUGCUUUAAUUCUUGGGACAAACACUGCUCUUUUUAUUAGCACUUAUUUAGAACUGAUUACUGUAUUUCCCCCAUAAUUAAAAGGUGAAAGAAAAAAACAUAAUAAAAUAAAUCCUAUCCAUCUCAUUAAUUUGUAAACUCCCCAUUCAUCCCUUCAUUGUACUCUUACUUUUCUUCCCUUUUUCAAUCAACACGUGUGGAAGGCAAGGUGAAUGUAAAUCAAUUGGGUGGGGGGAUGAGGUCAGUGGCAUACCUAACACAGUCACAGGGGUCCCGCCCCCCACAGUCCCAGGGAGCCCGUCUGCAGCUGCAAACGUGGGCCACCUGCAUGCCUUUUUGGGCCAGUGCAUAGCCGCACCAGCCCGGGUCUGUGGUUCCCAGGUGUCUGGCAGAAGGGGAGAGCUAAGCUGCUCUCCUCCUGCCUGUGUGUAGCGUGGUCGAGUGGUCUGACAGGAAGUGCUCAUUGUGAGAGCACUUCCUGUCAGACCGGGAACCGCAGUGAGACAUGCUGGUACCAGAGGGGGGAGGGGAGAAAGAGUAAGGAAUUGGACACAGAAAGGGGUGGGCGAGAGAGGGAGGGUAUGUGAUGCAUGGAGGAGGCAGGAGAGGGAAGAAUGGGAAACAUGGAGAGGAGGGGGGGGAGAAAGGGUGGAAUGGGACACAUGGAGGUGCUAGGGGGGUAGAUGGAAUGGGAAAUAUGAGUGGGGUGGGAAUGGGACACAUGGAGGGGCUGUGGGGCCAGGUAAUGAGACACAUGGGAGGGGGACCCCAGGGCAAGGGCAAGUUUCCCCUCUGGAUGAGGUAUAACAGUUACAUAUUUGAAAUGUAUUUGAAAAAGUUAAAUAUUGGUUUUCAAACACUUACUAUUAGAAAUAGUUUUGGUUUGUUUUUUUUGUUUUUUUAUUUUCUUGAUUUUCUCUCUCUCUCUCUCUUUCUCUCUCUUUCUCUCUCUCUCGCUCUCUCUUUUAUUUUAUUUUUUAUUUUUUUUGUUAAAUUGUUGGGACCAUAAGAAACUAAACUAUAUUACUAAGUAUUGUGUUGCUGGAACAGAUGUUUUAUGGUUUCCAGCCUUAGUGUGCUUUUAUGUUCUAUAUUUAAAGGACCACUAUAGUGCCCUGAGGGUGCUCCCACCCUCAGGGACCCCCUCCCGCCGGGCUCUGGGGAGAGAAAGGGGUUAAUAUCUUGCCUUUCUCCAGCGCCGGGCAGGGAGUUCUCCUCCUCGUCUGCUGAAUGCGCAUGCGCGGCAGGAGCUGCGCGAGCAUUUAGCCAGUCUCAUAGGAAAGCAUUCCUAAUGCUUUCCUAUGGAUGCUUGCGUCUUCUCACUGUGAUUUUCACAGUGAGAAGCACGCAAGCGCCUCUAGCGGCUGUCAAUGAGACAGCCACUAGAGGCUUUAGAGGCUGGAUUAACCCAUUUAUAAACAUAGCAGUUUCUCUGAAACUGCUAUGUUUAUAAAAAAAAAUGGGUUAACCCUAGCUGGACCAGGCACCCAGACCACUUCAUUAAGCUGAAGUGGUCUGGGUUCCUAGAGUGGUCCUUUAAAGAGGCAAGAAUAGCACAUUUUAGAUGUGAAAAAAAAAAGUGUGUGUACAACACAAAACCUUGUCAGGCUUUGCCACAGGGAAAUUAGUUAACUAAAAGAUGCCGGGUGUUUUUUUUUUUUUUUUUUUAAUUCUUCAGUUACAUGCGUUCAAUUGAUACAGUAUUAUUCAAUCAUUACAGUGUGUGCAUGAGCCUAUGACUUUAUCACAAUUAUUGGCAUUUAUAUAGUGGCAUCUUAUUUUGCAUUGCUUCGAUGAUACAUGUAAUUACUGCAACCUAAGUCACUUUUAUUUCCUUUGUGUCUGCUUGUAGAUCAGAAGUUAAUAACAAAUAUAAAUGGAAAGAGGUAAACAAAUGCACCAGGUUUUUUUUUUUUUUUUUUGUGCAUUUCAGCCUUGUUUUAAAAAAAAAUAAAAAAAAAUUCUUGUCUCUCGCAGAUGACAUUCAAACUGUACAUAUCUUUUAAUGCCUUCUGCACAGCAGUAUUUAAAAUUUUUCAUUUAUUGCAAUGGAUUUGUGACCUCUUUUUCUGCAGAUCUUAUUCUGGGGCAAUACUAGCACUUUUCUGAAAGCCCUGCAAAAUUCGCUGGUUCUGCCAAGAACUGCAGGUCAUGAAUUAUUGACCUGCGAGUAUGAAUGUUUAAAGAUCAUAUAAAACGUCUGUUUCCCUCAAUUGUUUUGUUUUUGUGACAAGUAGGGCAGCAGUGUUUAUAUAACUCAAUGACAUGAAUUUUCUUACUCAUUUGGUUUAUUAUGAUUAUUUUAUUAAACCAGCUUUGUCAUUUGAAACUUAGUUGUAUUAAAUCGCAAAAAAAAAAAGUAACAGUUCCACAAGAGAACUUUGUCCUGUUUAGAGUUUUUAUAUCAGAAGGUUCUACGCAACUAAUCUCUAAGGUACCUUAUAAAAAUGUGGCUUGGAAGUGUCAGUGCUCAGUUGCAUGGCACUCUUGGAGUGUUGUGAAAACACGUUGUUCCAGAGCUGCUCUGCUGAAAAGGGAUUAAUUUGAUGAAAUCCAAUUUGGCAUAUGCAUAUGAUAAAUAGAUGUUUAUUUAGGGUUCAAAUUCUCUUCUUGCCCACUCAUGAGCUACUCAGUGGAGCAGUGAAAAAUGUGUCUGAAGCACUUUUCAUCUUCAUUCACUCGACUCCAGUGAAUCCCCCCUUCCCCCCGCCCCUGAGAAGUAUGGAUUUUGUCCAGAAUAAAGGGGAUGAUGAGAAUAUUAUUUGUCUUGUACAGUCAGUUUGAAAAGUGACAUCAAGGUAUAUUUGUACAUUCUUGUUUUGUUAUUAUAUCCUUUGUGCAACAUUUUUGGUUGGAUGGCUGCCUACUGCCCUUAGUUUAUGUAAUAAAUCUCUAGUGACCACCUUUUUCAGAAAGACUAGUACCUUUUUAUUUAUUUUUACAUAUGUUUGAAAGGAGGGGGCAUUUUCCUUGCCAACAUCUGACAGUGUCCUCUCCGCCAACAUUAUCCCUCCCAUAUCAUUGCCCACUCCACCCAAAUUCAAAUAUUUUGCCUCUGCAUUAUGUGAUGUGGCACAUAUAGAUCAUGCUGAUAGACCCAUGUAGGGACAUGCCACACAUAACUUGCUCCUGUACUAUUUGUCUGUGUAGAUUAUACGUCCUCCCUUAAUUGUACAGCGCUGUGGAUUCUGUUGGCACUUUAUAAAUACCAGUAAUAAAAAAAUAUAACCCCUUCUUUCACAUGCGAUGACAUUCCCUAUAUGACCCUUGCAAAAACAUUUCUGCAUUCAUCUGCAGAGCUGUGCUUGUACUUUUUUAAGGGAAAAGUACAUUUUAGUCAUUGCUUAUAGAAUUGAACUUGCAAUUUUGAGUCCUGCUAUAUUAUAUCAGAAGGGUAGCUUUACUAGCUGCCUUCAUGUACACACAAGCUUCUUUUUUCUUUUUUUCUUUUUUUUUUAAUGUUUAUCUAGGUUUGUUUUAAAUUGCUUUCAGUUCUGGAGCUAUAGCAUAGUACCUAGAAGUACCAGGUUGUCAUAGCCUUUAAAAAUAUUAAUCCAAAUAUUAUAGUAUAUGUAUAUAAUUUUGUUUUGUCUCUUUCAUUUUAGAAAAGAAAGCGUUAGUACCCAAGAAGGAAAAGGCUAAGCAAAGACGGGAGCAAUGGCUGCAGAGUAAGAAUUUUGCUCAUAAUAUUAGUUUAUUUUCUCAUAUGUUGUAAAAUCUCUUUAAACUCAGAAACCAAGGAAAAGUGUAUUUUACUGGAAGUAUUAAAAGAGUAUCUUAUUCAAACACUGCACGGAAGUCCUGUUAUGAUAUCCUUCAUUAUUAUUCUAAAAAAGUAACAGAGUUGGUAAACAACUAGAGAUAAUGAGUGCGGUUUUCUCACAAACAGUAAAGUGUUAAUAGAGUCUUUGAUAAGUAAUGGCGUCUGUGCAGCUAUCACAUUUGGUAGCUGUUAAAUUGAAUAUAACUUUUUUCUCUAUAGGGGGAGCUAUAAUUGUAAAAUUACCAAAUGUAUGUGUAUGUACCUUAAAUUCUACAGAAUAUAUGUGUUUAUCACAGAUAUUAUUUAUUUGUUUAUAAAAUAUUUUACCAGGAAGGAUACAUUGAGAUAUCUCUUGUUUUCAAGUAUGUCCUGGGUUCACAAAACAUUGCAUUGUUAAAUUAGGGUACAAUAAAAUACAAAAACAAUAUUAAUACACAAUAUAUACAAAAUUUAACAUAGAACACGUAAAAAAUAGAUCAACCAUGAUCGGUGCAGAAAAGCUCUUAAACACGAGGCUGGAAAGAGGAAAGUUGUGUCUGGAUUCCAACGACAGCCAGUUUAGUUCUUUUAGCACAAGCAUGUCAAACUCAAAGGAUAGCAAGGGCCAAAUAAACAAGGUUUAAGUUUAUGUGGGUCGCAAAAAAACAAAAGUAAAUUUUCAGCCCCUCUACUAAACCCCAGCCCCUCUCGUCUACUAAACUCCAGCCCCCCCCCCUCGUCUACUAUAUCCCAGUCCCCCCAUCUACUAAAUCCCAGCCCGUUUAAAAAAAUAAAAAAUAGCCUCUAGUAAUAACAAAUGUACAAUGUUAAAAGGAGUAAGUGAAAAGCUCUACAAACCUACACCACUUUAGAAAAUGAACAAUAUAGAUACAUACGUGAGGUGGAGCUUCUAAAUAACUGUUUAGUAGAUAUCCUGAAAAAUGAAAUUCUAAAACACUAGUGCAAUACAGUAUUGUCAAGUAUAACAUAUAUUAAAAUGCAAGAGUGGUGUCAUACCCUCAUAUGACUCAAUGAUGUGCGCUUGUGGACCAUUAAAAGGAUGUCCAGAUCCCUCUUCUGUGCAAUGCUCUGUCUUGUCCCACCUUUGACCAGCUCAGGAUAGUGCAGAUGCCAAGUCAGAGAAGUUUCUUCCAAAGAAAAGGUGCUUUAUUGGUUUAAAAUACACUCAAAUAUAAAAUAUAGUAUACCAGAUAAAGUUCUGGAUCAACUGUAUAGUCCAAACAAUGAGAAAAACAAACAAAACCUUUCCGCCUGGGCAAAGGAGACACUGAGUGUAGGCAGGAAAAGGCUCUAGGAACAGGAACCAAGCUUCAUCCCGGUGAAUAUGCUGCCAGGGUCUCCGCAUAGCAUUGCUUUAGAAACUGGUCUGGUGGUUCAAUUAAAGCGUGGACAUCUCUAAGCACUUCUGGGGGGUUGUCACCUCCAUUGGCUGAGUCAGUAGGCUGUAAACCCAACCGGCUGAAAAAUUGCUCGGGUUUGUGUGACUAGGAGAGGUAGCAUUGGUUGCCAGCAUGGGUGGCUGUAUGGCCUCUGCGCGGCCCUCAUUUGUACGGCACUCCCCUGUCUCGGAGUACUGCAGUAACCACAGAGUAGCUUUUACGCCAUUGCAGUACUUGAAAGGGUAAGUCUCUGUUGAUCAUGAACUUAAAGUUAGUAUAUUCAUUAUGACCCCUUGUCUGCGCCUUUUGUAGUAUCACUAUUUUGUAAUCUACCCGGGUGAAUUGUGCCACCAUGUCCCAGAAAGAGUCCACCAGGGCCACAAUGGCCAUGUGUAUUCUGUAUACCCCCUCCACCUCACUGCCAGCGAGUCCAAAAGACCGUUCUGCACAAGUCCUUUUGUGCAAUACUCUCUGGUAUGCCCCUGAUCCUCACAUUUCUUUUUCUCUGCUGGAGUAGAAGGGACUCCCCCCGACAACUCCAGGAUCUUACUCUGCUGGUCGGGUGGAAACAAAGAAGGUGGCUGGUGCGGAUGCUAGGCAGAUUCCAGGGUUAGUAUGCGCUAGGAUAGAUCUUUCACCUCUUGUUGGAGGCCUUCCAACUCAGCUUGGAACAUCUGCUUAAAGUCCCGGAACAACUUGUAGAUGGGGUAGUAUCAUAAUCCGAACCUUUUGUUCUGUAGAAGAAGGGCUUCAGGUUCGAUAUAGGCUACCCUUUCUCGUGGUCAUCUGAGUAUUCUGAUUUGGUGCGUUCUUCGGCCGCCAUCUUGGGUAAAGUCCGUAUCAGGAAGGACUCCAUAGCAGCAUGUUUAGCAGGCUGAUUUGGAGCAUUUUUCUUGUGUCUCCAGCCCAUAGUGAAUCAUGGGAGCCUCAAGCACCAUGUGUCCUGCUAGCUCAGUCGGAUCCACCCCCGGAAAGGUCGUUUUUACUUACCGAACCGGUCCCUAGCGACAGACGUCACAUCAUUUUCUUCUGCGAUGUGCACUUUAACUCUUGACCCUUAAUUUUCCAGGAGCUGAUGUCUUUGCUGUACUCUUGUGCAUGCACAUGGAUCCUCCAUAGAAAGAGCUUUUUCCCCCUGCCCUGUCACUAGUGAGGGCUGAGGGCUUGACAAAGAUUAAAACAAAUCUGUCACUGUUUAGUAUUUCAUAAAAAUAUAAUCCAGAGAUGCAAUAAGAAAAAGUUGGGAUUACUUGAGGUUGACAAAAGGAGGAGCACUUCUGUCAACUUUUGGCAAUCCCCGCAGCUGUCACAAAUGAUGGCUGUGGGAUUCAGGUAUUGUCUAUGGCGUAUACCGCCAUUUCACAUUAACAAGAGUACAGUAGUAAAGUGACUCUAGGGAGCUGAAGUGCCAGGAGCCAAAGAGGACCUGUAUUAUGAACAUGGCAGCUGCUGCGAGGGACAGCCAGAGGUAGGCAAAACUCACUUCCCUUCCCCCCCGUGGCCACUGGACCCCCACUGGAUCCGUCUGUUUUGGGGGUCUUUGAGAAAUAUGCAAAAAAUGACAGAUCCACUUUAACCCCUUAAGGACUGGACUGUUUUUGCGAUGUUGUACAUUUGCGACCAGGCAUAUUUUUACACUUUUGUGGUGUUUGUGUUUGGCUGUAAUUUUCCGCUUUCUCAUUUACUGUUCCCAUACAAAUUAUAUAUUGUUUUUUUCAGGACAAAAGGGGCUUUCUUUACAUACCAUUAUUUAUAUAAUCUCAUGUAUUUUAAUUUAAAAAAAAUAAAAAAAUCUGAUGAAAAAUUGAAAAAAUACAUGUUUUUUGACUUUUACUUGAAAAAUCUUUUACUCAUCUACAAAAGCGAAUGAAAAAAACUGCUAAAUAGAUUCAAAAUUUUGUCCUGAGUUUAAAAAUACCUAGUGUUUAUGUGCUUUUUUGCUUUUUUUUGCAUGUUAUAGGGCUAUAGGUACAAGUAGGAUAUUGCGGUUUCAAAACAUACAUUUUUAAAAUUUAUCAAUAGUGACAUUGUAACACUAUUAUCUGUCAUAAAUCUCUGAAUAACACCCCACAUGUACAUAUUUUUUUUAAAGUAGACAACCCAGGGUAUUCAAUAUGGGGUAUGUCCAGUCUUUUUUAGUAGCCACUUAGUCGAAAACACUGGCCAAAGUAAGCAUUCAUAUUUGUUUGUGUGUGAAAAAAGUAAAAAAACUAAAUUGAACGCUAAUUUUGGCCAGUGUUUGUGACCAAGUGGUUACUAAAAAAGACUGGACAUACCCCAUUUGCAAUACCUUGGGUUGUCUUCUUUUGCAAAUGGUAUGCCAUCAUGGGGGUAAUUCUCAUUCCUGGGCUACCAUACGCUCUCAAAGGCAACGUAACCAACCUGGCCAUUUUCAAUGUAAAAAUAUUUGACCCAUAUAUUUGACCUUGUAACUUUCAAAAAUGCUAUAAAACCUGUACAUGGGGGGUACUGUUUUACUCGGGAGACAUCGCUGAACACAAAUAUUAGUGUUUAAAAACUGGAAAACGUAUCACAACAAUUAUAUCAUCAGUAAAAGUGCUGUUUGUGUGUGAAAAAUGCAAAAAAAGUAACUUUCACUGACAAUAUCAUCGCUGUGAUAUGUUUUACUGUUUUGAAUCACUAAUAUUUGUGUUCAGCGAAGUCUCCCGAGUAAAACAGUACCCCCCAUGUACAGGUUUUAGGGUGUCGUAGAACGUUACAGGGUAAAAUACAGUGCUAGCAAAUUAAAUUCUCUGGAAUUUCGGCCUGGGUUGGCAGGCAGGUCCCUCAAAUUGCAAUCAAUAAAAUUACUGAAUUAUGUAAAAAUAUUACAUAAAUACGCACGUAGAAUUUAAAUAUAUAUGCAUAUUUAUAUAUUUGAAGUCUACGUGUAUAUUUAUAUAAUUAUUUAUGUAAUUUUGUAUAUGGACGUAUGUAUAUUUCUUAUUAUUUUUAUUUAUUUUUAUAUACAUAGAUAUAUAUACAAAUUCAUUCUAAGUGUAUUUUGAUAUAAAUAUAUAUAUAUUAAUUUUAAAAUACAGUUAGAAUAAAAUUUCAUAUAGCUAUAUAAUUUUUUUUAAAUUUUUUAUUAUUAUUUAAAAAAAAAAUAUUUAAUUUAAAUUACUUAUUAUUUAUAUUUUAUAAUAAUAUAUAUAUACAAUAUAUAGUUAUUAUAUAUAUUAUAUAUAUACGUGUGUAAUUUAAUUAUAAGUGUAUUUUUAUAUUAAUAUAAGUACAUAUUAAUAUAAAAAUACAUAGUAUAUAUUAUAUAUAUGAUAUAUAGACAUAUAUUAUAUAGAUAUAAUAUAUGUCUAUAUAUCAUAUAUACACAUAUAUAAUUAUUUAUUUUUUAUUAACAUUAACUUUAUUUAUUUUUUGAUUUUUUACACAUGCAGGAGACUGCCUGUCAGCACAGGCAGUCCCCUGCAGGCAGACACAUGGACACCUAUUGUGACCAUGUGAUCGCUGUUAGCGAUCACAUGGCCAGAGGUCCUAAUCUGCCGUGGGGAGACUGUCUGGGCUGCAGGCAGUCUCCCCACAACCGGAGCAACGCUGAUCGCCGCCGGGGGAACGACGGCGAUCAGGUAAGUACCCCCAGACCGUUAGGACGGUUCAGGACCGUCAUCGGUCGGCAACGCAAAAAUGCCGAUGACGGUCCUGAACCGUCCUUGGUCCUUAAGGGGUUAAAAGCUGUAGUCCAGAAAAUAAAAAAUACAAAAGACAAAGUAGUGUCUUAUUACUUUUCACUGAAAUUCCAACACCAUCUUGUCCAGGACAUACUUGGAAAAUAGAGAAAUCUCAAUGUAUCCUUCCUGGUAAAAUAUUUUAUAAAUAAAUCCUUAUUUUUUUUUUGAGGGUUAGAAGGGGAAAACAAACUGAAUUUUAGCUAAUACAAGCUCCUGAUAUUUUCAGUUCUCUGUCAAAGGUUGGAAGCUGGGAAUUGUGCCUGUCAGACCCCAGGUAAUAGGUCCAACAGUUCUAAAGAAGUUUUACAAUUUUCAGUGGGAGAGAGCAGGGCAUUCCUGGCACCAUAACAGCUACAUUGGGCUGUAGUGGUUAUGGUGCUUGGAGUAUCCCUUUGAAGAGCCUAUGCCAUUAAUGAUUAGCUUACUUGACGUGCUAGUGGUCAAUGGUAGGGUAUUCCUUGUCAGAGCAGGACCUCUAAAAAUCAGAUUUUUAUGAUGAACUAUACUAAUAUUGGUCCAUAAUGGGUUAAAAGCAUAAUUCUUACAUUGACAUAUUUUAAUAGUGAAUGUUUAAAUGCAGGAUCAGUUCAUGCCAUAAGCGUGGGUACAGAGCACUCUGUAAUUUUAAAAUGCAACCAGUAUAUUAAGUCCCUACAGCAACAUUUCACUUCUAUUUAGCAACAUUUAUCAAGGGCUAAUUAUUUGCAGUAAGGGUAUAAGUCCCCUGGUGAAAGUUCUUAUCCUAAUAUAAACAUCAAUUUCAAGAUUGCAUGAAUUGGUUGAUUGAUUUUACACUUUGGAGUGCCCCAUUCCCACGAUAAUCUACGGGUUAGAUUGUUCGGAAACAUGCAAACAAGAUGCAAUAAGCUGUAUAUGGUACCAUUAAAGUAAAAGCAAAUGAAGGCAAUUCUAAAUAUAGCAUCUCUUAUCUACGAAUUCUUUGUCAGAUCAAAGUAUUUCAGCAAUAACCAUUAAUUAUUUCAGUGUAUCUAAUGGAAUCAUUGUGUUCUACAAGUAUAGGGCUGCCUGUAAUUCUCUUUGCAUUGCUAUCUUCAUAUUCCAUUCUUCUGAUGUCAUACAUUUGACCUUUGGUAGUGUUGACCCAUCCUACUGAAUGUAGACCACCACCCCUUCCUCGUCUUGUUCUUUGCUGAUCACUACUAUGAAUCACUUGGUAAAUAAAGGUACAGUGCCACUUUGCAGUGCCAUUGAUAAUUGCAUUGACUGAUAAUGGUGUUUGAGAAGAGAGCUUUGCUUACCAUAGCCUAAGUAAAUCUUCCCGCAACCCCAGUAGAGUUGGAGAGUGCUGCAUUUCUGAGAAUAAUUGGACUUACACACCUAUAGCUGCAUUUCCUUUAGUGAAAUAACCAAUGCCACCUUCCUGCUAAUCCUUUUUGAUGGGUUUAAUGUGUCAGCUGUUCAAUCAAAUACGCAAAAAACAUGGAAAGAACCAGUACGUAUUUUCUCAUGAAAACCAAAAAAUGUUUUUGAAAAUCAGUUAUGCGUUGCUGUAGUUUUUUGGCUGAUACCUUAAGCCAGUGGACCCCAUUUUUUUUUAUUUAUUUUUUUUGGACAGCCUUAAAGGGAUCCUGUCUUGCCUUACCUUACCUUACUUGACCAUCUGCACAUGUGUCACAUUGUCCUUACAAUUGCCAGCAUUAUGGGAUUUGAGCAGUUACAUCAGUCCCUCUGUUCCUAUACUCAUUAGCCUGGUGGGGUCUGAUAAAGGGCCUCAGGGGCCUGCAGCUAAACGUGUUUAUGGGCCACAGCACAUGGGAACACAGUAAGCAUCAUUACCACUACCAAGCACUACAGUGGUUAUGAUGCCAGGAGUGCCCUGACCCCCGCUGACGGUAGUUGGAACGGUUUGUCUACUUACCUGGGGUCUGCUGGGUGCCGCUUCUCUACGUGGCCAGGGAGCUCUUGCUUAGGAGACUUCUGUUGACUUUCCCGAGUUAAGCCUUGCAGUGAAGGACUUACUUCAGACAGAGAGCUUCUGGCUCAGGUAGUAAAGACAGGAGCAAACCACAGGUAAGAAGUUAAGCCAUUCUAGAAUGGUUUAAAUACUCCUAAUGGUGUGGCUCCAGGGCACUCUUGGCACAAUAACAACUACAACGUGCUGCAGAGUUUAUGGUGUUUGGUGUAUUUCUUUUAGUGGGAAAUUGCAAAAUAACAUCUAAAACUAUACCCAAGUUUCCAUAUAAAUGAUCACUUGUAGGCUACGUUAGCCCAUAAUUGCAUUUACAUAUGCGCACUGGAUAGAUAAGUCCUAUGUAAACCAUUUGUGCUUUAUGUCUUUAGUGUUGUUUUGCUACCGUAUGUCUAUACAAUAUCCUGUGUAUUCAAUAUAGUACAAAAUGUAGUGAACUGAAAUUUAAAUAGUAAAAUUGAGGCAACAAUAGCUGAUUUGGAGAAAUUCUCCAACUCUUUUGUUGUCACAGCUAGGCUACAUUGGUCUCAAUUUUGAAAUUUGGAUUUCACUUUGCUACCAUUUGGUGGUUACUGUAUGAACCUGUAUGUCACACCUUGCUUGACAUGCAUGUGAAGUUCAAAUAUAUGAUUUAUUAUUAUUAUUUAUAUAGCGCCAGCAAAUUCUGUAGCUCUGUACAAUGGGUAUGCGUGAGUUAUACAUUUGAAGUUUUACGGUGUGGGAUUUAUACAAUAUAUGUUUAAAUGGUGUGAGGCAUAUCAGUGUUUUUAAUAUGUAUGUUUGUUUGUGUAAUAUAUGCUUGAUGUAUUACUGGGGGCUCUGUAAUAUCACUAUACAUCCAGCACCUUACUGUUGGCUCUAAUCUCUCAGUACUUCCUGCAAAUUACUGGGGUCUCUCUAACUUCCAAGAACACCCUGCACAUUACUGGGGGCUCUGUAAUAUCCCAGAACAGAACAUCCUGCACAUUACUGGUGGCUCUAAUCUCUCCGUACUUACAGUAAAUUACUGGGGGCUCUGUAAUAUCCCAGUACACACUGCACAUUACUGGGGCUCUGUAAUAUCUCAGUACACACUGCACAUUACUGGGGGCUCUGCAAUAUCCCAGUACAUACUGCACAUUACUGGGAGCUCUGUAAUAUCCCAGUACACACUGUACAUUACUGUGGGUUCUGUAAUAUCCCAGUACACACUGCACAUUACUGGGAGCUCUGUAAUAUCCCAGUACACACUGCACAUUACUGGGGGCUCUGUAAUAUCCCAGUACACACUGCACAUUACUGGGGGCUCUGUAAUAUCCCAGUACACACUGCACAUUACUGGGGGCUCCAUAAUUCCUCUCUCUGCAAUUCCUUUAAAACUCCACACUCCCAUCACACUAUAUAUGUUAUUUACUCAGACUCCCACCUACACUGCCUGAGUUUUGUCUAAUUCUGUCUAAAUUAACUUCAGAUAAUUAAAUCUAUUGGAGAUGGAAACAUUACCCCUUUCAUGUAGUUGGUAUCUUUCUUUUACCCUCCUAUCCUCCUUCGGGGAACCCACUCUUAAUCUUGGUGCCUGGAUCAAUUCUUUCCUCCUGAUUACUAUUUCUGGGGGUCCUCAACUCUUCCUGUCCAAGUCUUUUUGAGAAAUUAGGAUAUUUCCUCUUUACUGGUGAUAAACGGGUCCUAGAGAGAUUGCGAUAUUCCCUCUUGUAUGGUGAUAAACGGGUCCUAACUAGAGAUGUCGCGAACUGUCUGCCGAACUGUUCGCGAACUAUCCGCCGGCGAACAAUAGCGUGUUCGCGUUGGGCGAACAUAUCCGAUUUCCGGUCCGCCCCCUAUACGUCAUCAUUGAGUAAACUUUGACCCGGAACCUCACAGUCAACAGACACUUCCUGGGAGGGAGAGUCUGCUGCUGAUUGGGUGGAAUGUGUCUGCUGGCUGUGAGGUUCCGGGUCAAAGUUUACUCAAUGAUGACGUAUAGGGGGCGGACCGGAAAUCGGAUAUGUUCACCCAGCCUUCGGGGGACUCCGAAUCCACCCCCCAAUCCACCCCCGCCAUGAUGCCCAGCCAUAAUGUUUGACCCUGUGCCUGGCCCCCGUGGAAGCCCUCUCUUUCUUCCGUGGGGUUCUCUCCAGAGCGGCCCCAGUGUCCGGCGAGGCCAUGAUCCCGGAGGAAGAUGAUGACGUGGAGGGUAGGGAUAGGGUCGCCCGUGGCCGCUGUCUAUCUUCUUCACAGUCAGCCUGGAAGGAUGUUGGAGUGGGGCACAGCCGGGGGAAGCGGUGAUUCCUCUCUUUCUGAAAGGCAAGCUGUCUAUUUUCGGCAGAUUUGUCCCUUUUUCGGCCGAAAUGGGAUAGGCCCAUUUUCAGCCGAAAAUUUUGGUGCAUCCGUAAAAUGCACCAUUCCUUUUAUCAAUUUUGUAGUUAGUCUCUGCACCUUUUCUAGUGCCGUGAUAUCCUUAUUUAGAACAGGUGCCCGAAAUUGCACAGCAUAUUCAAGGUGUGGUCUUACCAGCGAUUUAUAAAGAGGCAAAAUUAUAUUUUAAUCCAGAGAAUCCAUGCGCCUAUUUAUACAUGACAAAACCUUACUGGCCUUAGCAACUGCCGAUUGACAUUGCAUAUUGCUGCCUAAUUUGUUCUCUAUAACAUUUCCCAAAUCCUUCUCGUGUGUUGUUAUCCCUGUGUGUUGUUAGAGUGUAAGUUGCUUGUGCAUUCUUUACCCCGAAGUGCAUAACUUUGCAUUUCUCUACAUUAAAUUUAAUCUGCCAUUUCAAUGCCCAGUCCCCUAAUCUAUCUACAUCCCUCUGCAGCAAAGCAAUAUCCUGCUCACAUUUUAUUCCUUUACAAAGUUUUGUGUCAUCUGCAAACACUAAAACAUGGCUUUCAAUGCCUUUUUCAAGAUCAUUUAUAAAUAAGUUAAAUAGAAGCAGUCCCAAAACAGAACUCUGAGGCACACCCCUUACGGUUUAUUGUCCAGUUCGAAAAUUUACCAUUAAUGACAACUCAUUGUACUCUAUCCUUAAACUAAUGUUCUACCCAAGAACAAGAAUAUUCAUCUAGACCAAAUUCUUUUAGUUUGAACACCAACCUAUUGUGAGGAACUGUAUGAAAUGUCUUGGAGAAAUCCAAGUAGAUCACAUCCACUGCAACACUGAUUUAUACUUCUACUUACUUCUUCGGAGAAUGCAAUUAGGUUACUUUGACGUGAUCUAUGUUUCAUAAAACCAUGCUGAUUAUUGCUAAUAACAGUUCAUCCCAAUGAAUUCCUGAAUAUUAUCCCUUAAUAGUCCUUCAAACACUUUCCCAGUCACAGAAGUUAAGCUCACAGGUCUAUAAUUUCCAGGCAAUUAUUUUGAACCCUUUUAAACUAUAGGAAUGACAUCUGCCUUCCUCCAAUCCUCAGUUACAAUGCCUGAAAGAAAGGAAUCUUGAAAGAUUAAAUACAGAGGUUCACUUAUUUUCACACGUAGCUCUUUAAGUACACAUGGGUGAAAACCGUCAGGCCCCGGAGCGGAGCUUUAUUUACAUUAAAGGAACACUAUAGUCACCUAAAUUACUAAAUAAAGAAGUUUUAGUGUAUAGAUCAUUCCCCUGCAAUUUCACUGCUCAAUUCACUGUCAUUUAGGAGUUAAAUCACUUUGUUUCUGUUUAUGCAGCCCUAGUCACACCUCCCCUGGCUAUGAUUGACAGAGCCUGCAUGAAAAAAAAAACUGGUUUCACUUUCAAACAGAUGUAAUUUACCUUAAAUAAUUGUAUCUUAAUCUCUAAAUUGAACUUUAAUCACAUACAGGAGGCUCUUGCAGGGUCUAGCAAGCUAUUAACAUAACAGGGUAUAAGAAAAUCUUAAUUAAACAAAACUUGCAAUAAAGAAAGCCUAAAUAGGGCACUCUUUACAGGAAGUGUUUAUGGAAGGCUGUGCACGUCACAUGCAGGGAGGUGUGACUAGGGUUCAUAAACAAAGUGAUUUAACUCCUAAAUGGCAGAGGAUUGAGCAGUGAGGCUGCAGGGGCAUGUUCUAUACACAAAAACUGCUUCAUUAAGCUAAAGUUGUUCAGGUGACUAUAGUGUCCCUUUAAUUUUCUUUAACUGCUGUAGCACCUUGUCUCGAGUCCUCCAAUCACAAGUUAUCAGCAAGUUUUUUGCAGCAAUCACUUGCAUAUCUCUUGUCAUAGAAUCCUCAUUAAUAUAUACUGAAGAAAAAUAGUUAUUUAAAAUUUCUGCCUUUUCCUGGUCUUCAUUAAAGGACCACUAUAGUGCCCUGAGGGUGCCCCUUCCCGCCAGGCUCCAGCGUCGGGCGGGGAGCUCUCCUCCUCGGCUGAAUGCGGAUGCGGCAAGAGCGGCGUGCGCAUUCAGCCAGUCUCAUAGGAAAGCAUUCACAAUGCUUUCCUAUGGAUGCUGGCGUCUUCUCACUGUGAAAAUCACAGUGACAAGCAUCCCCUGGUGACAUCAGAAGGCUAACCCUAGUCUGCAGCUCACUCAGAGCUCAAUUAGGAGGAGAGAAAUGAGUCAGCUGCAAGAUUAACAGGUCAGCCAGUAGUGUGCGCCUAGAACAGCAGGAUGGACCUGGAGAUCCACCCACCCCUGUGUUAAUCUGGCCCUGGGUACUAGCAGAGCCUAUGCCGAAGAAUUGAUUGACAGCUGGGAGGAAGACCUGUUUUUAAAUAGGUAUUUCUCCUAAUCGUUACAUUUGCUAGCAAACUGCUAGCACAAUAUAUAAAUCAAAUUUGAAGCUCUUUAAAAAGACCAAAGUAGCUUUGGGAAUGACAGGUGACCUUUAAAUAACAGAUGAAUUUACUAGGUACAACAACCUCAAAAGUUGCCUCCAACGCCAAUCUCCACUCCCCUCCAGGCUGCAUCCAGCUUCUGAAAUUUCAGUUUCAGAGAGCGCAGAGUGCUGGCGGACAUGGCCUUCUCUGAUUGGCUAAAAGCGUCCGCUCACUGCUCUCAGCCAAUCAUCAGUGCCACUGCCCGGCAGCACUCCGCGCUCCUAAAAAAUUAAAUUUCAGAAGCUGGAUACUGCCUGUUGGGGAAUGGAGUUUGGGGUUAAACGAUUUAACCCCUGGAGGUGAGUGCCUGUAAGGGCUUGAUGAAGUUGUUAUGGUGCCUUGGGCAGCUUAAACUGCCUUUUUAAUGGUUGUUUGUGUCCCCUUGUUUUAUGAAAGCUUUGAUAGUGAAUCUGGCAGUUUAACUAGCAUCUUGGCCACAUAAACCCAUAUAAAGUUUAAUUUCACAUCCUGCUUGCUAUGAAACUUCAGUCUGGUGUCAGAGCCCACGUAAGCAUACACAUGAAAGCAAGCCAUGGAUACAAGCCAUGGCAGCUCUUCUAUCAAACUGCUACGGUAGGAUGGAUAAUUUAUUUGGUGUCAGGAGUCUCAGAACUAUAUUUUUCUUGCACCUCAACAUCUGUGUUCCAUUGCACUUUGUCUCUGGAUUCCCUCCAUGUCAGUGCACAGCCUAUUUAGAAUUAAAAACUUUCUCUUGCAUAAAGGGUUGUACAAUCUCCAUGGCAGGGGCCAAUAGAAAAGGAGGUCAGGUGAAACCAGAGCUGCUGUAGUUAAAGUCCACAAAGAAAUGUAUUUUCCAUUAAAAUCAAACUCAUAGUAAAACUGUAUUUUUGUGAUGUGCAUUUAAGCAGCUGAAUUCUUUAGUCGGAUAACUCAAAAACCAGAUCCACUUUUUUUAUGUGACUCUAAUCCUCAUCCCACUGCACUGACGGACAGCAAUAUGACACACUGUUUAAUAGACAGCCUGUUGAUGUUUAAUGCCUUGUAUAUUUAUUGUGUAGUUAAUCACAUUUAUAAUGCAUAACAUAGAUGAAAACAAAAUUUGAUUUAAAGUGUUUAUCUUGUUACGUUUUGUUUUCAUUUAAAUUUAUAUUAAAAAAAUUCCACAAAUUAUAUCUUAAACCAGUUCAAAGCCAAGGCAAAUAUUGCAAGUAAAAAGGAGAAAUAGAAACCUUGUUUAAUUUCUCCUCUCCUCUCCAUGCUGAUUGCCAAGUGCAAAGACAGAUCUUAUAAGUAUGUUUGAUAGGAAGUUAAAGGAACACUCCUAUAUCCAUAGGAAAGCAUUGGGAGGCUGUUGCACCUGCGUGGCAAACUGCUGCGCUAUGCCAAUAAGCAUCUCAUCUUAGUGAUGCAAUGUGUCAAUGCAUGUCUAUGGGGAACGUUCAGUGUCUCCAUGCAAAGCAUAGAGACUCUGAACGCCAGUGUUACACACUGUGCAGUAAUGGACUAGAAAGCACCUCUAGUGGCCGUCUGAGUUACAGACACUAGCGGUGUUCCUAGGCUGCAACGUAGACAUUGCAUUUUUUUCAGAAAAAGUUUCAUAUCAAAAAACAUGCAGUGACGGACAUUAAUCUGUAGUGGUUUAUCUUAGUGUCCCUUUAAGAUGGCAGCACUCUGUUACAGGAUAAUAAGGUGUGGAUUUCAACAUUUAAUUUUAUUUUCAACAUCUCACAAAUAUUUGUUAAAUAUAUGGACAAAUAUAGUGUUAAAAUUACUGGGAAAUUAUAGUUCCUCUUCAAAACAGAAUACAUUUUGAAGAAUAAGGGUAUUGACAUAUUUUACAGUUGUUUUGUGUAAAUUUAAUAGACAUAAAUUUAAGCUGCACUUACAAGCAAAUGUAGAUUAAAUACACCCUUCCACACAAAAAAGGGCUGGAUUUUGGCAAUAUAAAAAUUAUGAUCCAUUUUUGAGUUAGUGUCCCACCACCAUUCUCCUCGUUCUGUUAUAUUUAUGUGAUUAAUUGCUACACUCUGUCUGGUUGCCUGUGAUGACAAUAUAGUCAAAUUCACAUGCCGAUAACUUUUUUUUUUAUGUUUAGGGGGGGAAAAAUGCAUAAAAUCUGAAGGCAAAUACAGAUCGUACAAGUGAAAAAGAUUGACUUCUAAAACAUUUUUACCUAAUCACUUGUUUGAUAACACCUAACGUUGGUGACAUAGUUUUUACCCCUGUUAUGGAAAUGGAAUUUUUGUUUGCAACGGUUUGACAACUAGCUACCAAAUUAAUCUGCCCUUGGUGCUUGUGAGCCAUUACUAUUUACAAAGUGUUUUUAAGUUACACGUUACUUGAUAUAUUUUGCUUUUCAAAGAAUAUGAUUAUCUGUCUUCUAAUUGUACAAUCUAAAUGCCUAUCAUUUCUGUUUGAUCCAUUUAGCAAUGUACAUCAGUUUUUGGUGGUGUGAAUUAUUUUACCUAAUUGCCACAAUGAUUUAAUUUUUUCAGAAAUCGAAUCUUUGGCUUUGGCUCGACAGAAACUAAAAGCCCAAGUCAAGAGGAAAGCUACACCUAUAGUUGGGGACAUGCAGCCGCUUGUGGACGCACUGCCAGAACUUUCAGAAUUAACCACAGUUCGCAAGCCGAGAGCCCCCAGAAAGCAACCUAACGCGUAAGUGAUUUACUAACUGCAACAUUCCUUUCUCUAACGGAGUAAUACUGUACUACUAACAUUAUAUUGAUUUAUUGCACCCACAUAUUUCGUCUGCAGUGCUGUACAAUGAGUAAAAAAUAAAUAAUGCAAAGUAGCCUGAAUAGCUAUUUUGACUGUUCUAUAGAUGUCACAUUAGCCAGCACUUUGCACAUGUUCAGUGAAUUGUCACUCCCAGUUUCUUGUCUUGUAAUUGUCUCAUUUGUUGUUAAUUCUCCCCCUCUUAUAAUAUUGUAAAGAGCUAAGAAAUAUGUUGGUGCUAUAUAAAUACCAAUAAUAAUAAUUUUAAUAAUUGCACUUUUCUCUGAUGCCACAACUCUGCUACCCCUGACGUUAGUUAGGAUGUAUGCUCUUUCUCUAUGUAUUCUAGAAGUAGCUUUGUGCACCAUAUUUCCUAUGAAUAGAUGAAGACCUUUGGCUCACAUACAUACACAAGAAUAAGGUGUAAAAAUGUUUACUCCACUUUUUCUUCCAUGCUGCACUGCUUUCUCUGCAGCUGGCCCUGCAUCCUUUUGUGACCAGAGUGAUGGCCACUAGAGACAUUUAAACCCUGCAAUGUAAACAUUGCCGUUCCAUCAGAAUGCCACUGUUUUUUUUAUUUUUUUUAUUUCAAUGAGAUGAAUGAAGUGGUCUUGGUGCUAUGGUGUCCCUCAAAGCAAGUUGAAGUGGUAGCAGCAGGUAAAAAGUAGGGUCAUUUUUUAUUUUGAUAAAAUGAGUGUGCUUGUAAUUAACAUGUAGUACGCAAGUAACAAAUCCAGCUUGAAGCGCAAGUUACAUAUAUGUAGAGCAAAGAACUAGUGUAAAGUGUGUUUAUAACUUUAUAGUACUAGUAAUAUGAUCCUCAAACUGUGUAGCAUGCCCUGCUUAUUUCAUUUCGGGAGCGGAAUUGGUUCAUGCAUUUGUUAAAUGACUAGGUUUAAUCCACUUCAGAAUAGGAUUUUUAAAGAACAGACAUUUGUAGACCCACCCUUAAGAGGCUAUACAAUUGCUGUAUGCUUUAAGGCCAGAAACUGAAACCAUGCAGCUAUGUCAUCUAACCCAUUUCGAUUAGCUAUAUCAUUGUCAACGUAUUUAAUUGCACUUUAAUGUAAAUGUAAUUUGUCAAAUGCAUUUGUAUCAUUUAAUGGCAUAUGUUUCCUUUCAAUUAAAACAUGGCAAAAUGAGAAGCUAUAUUUGUAAGCCUUUUGAUUUUUGGCCAGAGUUGGCUCCAUAUUAAGAAUAGCUAUUAGUGCAGAUCUUUUCACAUAAUUAUUUAUCUGGGGACUAGUAGUGGAUGGUGGACAGAUGUGGCAUUGUGAGAAUUGAGGAUUAAAUUCUGCAGUGACGUGGAAAGGAUCUUGUUUAUAGCAUUUCAGUUUUUAAACCCACAUCAGGCCCCAUGAGGAAUUAGGAAGGUUUUUGGGUCAUUAUUGUUUUGUUAAUCUACUGGUUCAGGCUUAUAUUUACUGAGUAGGGCUGUGUGGUAAUUCACUUCCCGGUGCUGAGAGAUAGAACAAUGAUUCUAUUUUUUUGUGAUUUGUAGCAAGCAUUUUUUAAUGUUAAAACAAAGUAUGCAGAAUUAUCAAACACGAUUGGAUAAAGAAAGAUAGUGUUGCAAACUCUCUUGUGCGAGACUAUAUUGUGUAAAUAGGAACUUGAAGAGGCACACUGAAAUGGAUUUACCACCGUUCAGAUGCAUUAUACAGUCUGCAAAAUCCUUAUAAUUUAGAGAUAACGUGUCCCUCGUUUGCAGUAAUUCCCGUUAUCUAUUUCUCUAGUGUUGUCCAUAUACAGUAUAUAGAUAGUUAUAAUAUAUCAAAAUACACUUAGAAUUAAAAAAAUUAUAGCUGAUUUUUUGUUUUGUUUUUUAAUUAUAAGUAUUACUCAUCACUGAACACGUGUGUUUUAGAGCAGUAAAACGUAUAAUGAUGUUGAUAUCAAUGAAAGUGCAGCUUUGUGUGAAAAAUGCAAAAACCAAAAACAAAUGAGCGCUAACUUUGGCCAGGGUUUGUGACUAAGUGGCUACUAAAAAGACAGGACAUACCCCAUUUUGAAUAGCCUGGGUUGUCUACUUUUGCAAAUAGUAUGCCAUGAUGGGGGUAAUUCUCGUUUCUGGGAUGCCAUGCGUGAAAUUUCAAUGUGUAAAAACUGAAAUGGGUAAGCUCUUUAUUUGACCCUGUAACUUGCCUAAACACAAUGAAAUCUGUACAUGGAGGGCAUUGUUGUACUGGGACAUCACAGCUUUCAAAUAUGUGUGUUUUAUUGCACUAAAAGAUAACCAUAUUAUGACAUUUAGAGUUAAAAUGCCAUGCAGAAUGUGAAAAAUAAAAUUUCUUAAUUUCUCACACCUAUUUAUAUUUGAAACAUAAUUUAAUAUGAAAAAUAUAUAAAAAAAUUGAUGUGCAAUGAAAGCCCGGUUUCUCCUGGACAAAAUUAUAUGUGUGUGUGGGUGCACUUAAUAUGAAAGAGGUGGAUUACGAUUGAACAGACAGCUCAGAUUUUGGGUUUUGUUUUGGUUGAGAAGUUGGACAAUUGCCUCCGUCCUUAAAGGACCACUAUAGUGCCAGGAAAACAUACUCGUUUUCCUGGCACUAUAGUGCCCUGAGGGUGCCCCCUCCCGCCCGGCUCUGGAAAGGGGAAAGGGGUUUAAACUUACAUUUUUCCAGUGCUGGAGAGCUCUCCUUCUUCUCUCCUCCUCUGUUCCGCCCCGUCGGCUGAAUGCGCACGCGCGGCAAGAGCUGCGCGCGCAUUCAGCCGGUCACAUAGGAAAGCAUUCAUAAUGCUUUCCUAUGGACGCUGGUGUGCUCUCACUGUGAAAAUCACAGUGAGAAGCACGCAAGCGCCUCUCGUGGCUGUCAAUAAGACAGCCACUAGAGGAUUAGGGGGAAGGCUUAAAGGACCACUAUAGUGCCAGGAAAACAUACUCGUUUUCCUGGCACUAUAGUGCCCUGAGGGAGCCCCCACCCUCAUGGACCCCCUCCCGCCCGGCUCUGGAAAGGGGAAAGGGGUUAAAACUUACCUUUUUCCAGCGCUGGGCGGGGAGCUCUCUGCCUCCUCUCCUCCUCCGUUACGCCCCGCCGGCUGAAUGCGCACGCGCGGCAAGAGCUGCGCGCGCAUUCAGCCGGUCUCAUAGGAAAGCAUUUACAAUGCUUUCCUAUGGACGCUUGCGUGCUCUCACUGUGAAAAUCACAGUGAGAAGCACGCAAGCGCCUCUAGUGGCUGUCAAUGAGACAGCCACUAGAGGAAUAGGGGAAGGCUUAACCCAUUCAUAAACAUAGCAGUUUCUCUGAAACUGCUAUGUUUAUGAAAAAAUGGGUUAACCCUAGCUGGACCAGGCACCCAGACCACUUCAUUAAGCUGAAGUGGUCUGGGUGCCUAGAGUGGUCCUUUAACCCAUUCAUAAACAUAGCAGUUUCUCUGAAACUGCUAUGUUUAUUAAAAAAUGGGUUAACCCUAGAAGGACCAGGCACCCAGACCACUUCAUUAAGCUGAAGUGGUCUGGGUGCCUAGAGUGGUCCUUUAAGGAGUUAAAGUGAACCUGUCACUCAGCAUGAGGGAAGUUUCUAUGACAUUUCUCUGUCACUAAAUCCUUGGUCUUAGUCUCUCUGUGCCACUGGUAUGCAGGUCUAAUGCUGGGAUUGAGUGACGGGUAGAGGAGAGACCAUAUUUUUUAAUUAUAUUACAUGUAAGUCCAUACAUAUUGUAGAAUUUCUACUAGGAACAAUGUAUGUAUGAUGUGUAAUUUUAAGCCCACGUUUUCUUGGAUUGGCCAGUACACUUAAAAGUUCCCACUAGACCAGCGGUUCCCAAACUGUGUGCCGCGGCACCCUGGGGUGCCGCAACGUGCACACAGGGGUGUAACGACUGGACCCCUGUAAUGUUGGCCGGCUGGGAGGAAAUGACAGCCUGUCACUUCCUCCCAGCAUCCUGCAGGGAGGCAGCCUCAGUAUGAAGAACUCCAGACCCCUCACUCCCACCAGCAGCAGGACUCCAAGCCACCCUCCUGGCACAUAAGGUAAGCUAACGGAAGGGAGGCUGGAAAGUGUGUGUGUGUGUGUGUAUGUGUAUGUAUAUAUAGUCAGUGUGCUUCUGUUUGUGUAUGUGUCUAUAUGAAUUGUUGUGUAUUUAUAUGUAUCUGUGUGUGUAUGUAUGUAUGUAUGUAUGUGGUAGUAGUGUAUUUGCAUACAACCAAGCAGUCAAACACCAGCACAACAUACAAGCACACUCCUGCAAUCUAACUCACAUUUUACAUACACACACCCUUGCAUUUAAACUAAAAUAAUAUAUAUACAAACACACCCCUUUACUCAAACAAAAAUACUUCACACAAAUGUACAUCUGCAAUCAAAUACAAACACCCCCCUGUAUUAAAACACAAUAACUAUAUACAAGCACCCCUUCAAGCACCAACACUUUACAUUACACUAUAGCGCCAGUAAAUGCUGCAGCGCUGUACAGAUAUGCAACCUAAAAAUUUUGACUUUGGGUGCUUUGGAAAAAUACUGAAGUAUUAAGGGUGCCUUGAACCUAAAAAGUUUGGUAACCACUGCACUAUAAAACAAAUGAAAGAUCUCCUCCUGUGCAUACAUUAGUAAUGUGUGUCACCAGUCUUAUUUUAGAACAGUUCUCAAGUGAAUAAUAAUGUCAGUGGGUCUAAUGCAUGUCUCCUUCAGUACAUUAUUGUACACAGUACUGUGUUAGAGAUCUGGCAUCUUUGCAGAAAAAGUAAACAAUUCAGCAACAUCUGUAAGGAGAGAUUUUUCUAUCUUAAUUUAUCACCACCCACACUGUACUUUGUCAGGAAAGCAGUUUCAUAUGAGCCGGGGGAGUAUUCGACAUAUGUUUGCACAGUUAACUGAAGGCACUAGCACACAUUAGCACAAGGAAAAGCUGUUGAAAAUCCAUUCAAGAUCUGGUACUGAAUACCUGAUCUAGCUGCUCAUACAAUGUUAUGGCCACACUUACUUGUAACUGAUUGCUUGACAAAACCCUUACAUAUUAAAGGAACAAUCCAAUCAUCAUAACCACUUCAGCUUAUUAUAGUUUUUAAUGUACUUGGAAUAGUUCCUUGAACGUGUACCUUUUAAAUCCUUAACAUUUUCUUAAUUUCUCUUGUUAAUCUGCAAUGCCCACACUCCGCCUCCCUCCAACAAACUUCAUAACUUUAUAGGGCCAUUCAAGGCACCUAGAGUACUACAGCUCAAUGAAGUGAGACAGGUUCACUUUAAUGGAAACCCACCCCCAUAGAGAUUGAAUAUAUCAUUUAUCAUGUGGUUAAUAAAAUUACUGACCUCCUUUGUGUUACACUAUUGCAACCCAUUUUUCAGUCUCUCCUUCGUGCUCUGUAAAUUGAUUGACCCCGCGUAGGUACACUUACUCGGCAGAGCAGUUGACCUUCAUAGAGCUGUCAUAUUAGCUUCAUUGCCAGCGUCACAGCAUCUCAACGGAGUGACAUCACUCAGUCUGUUCCUGUAGACCUUGGGAGUCUAGCCAAUGCUAGAAGUGCUGCCUAGGCAAGUAGCCAUGGCCGCUAAUGUGCAUUCAUUGUUCCUAUGUUUGAGUAGUAAGAGGAGCGUCUGUUGAAGAUCUCUCCUGCUUUCCCUGUUAGGUUCUUCUGAUUUACAGGUCGAGAAGACACCUAUUUUUAAAUAUUUUUUUCUUCCAAUCUAUACAUUUGCUAAGAAUACUGUUGGCACAAUGUAUCUAUGGAAUUGAAUGUAAUUUUUAAAACUGCACGCCGUAUGAGACUAAAGUAGAAAAUUAUUUUAGAGAUAAAUGCCAUAUUAACUUUUGGAGGGUGUCUCCAUGUUUCAGCUAAAAGCAUGCAGACUACUAGGGAUACCAGUAGUCACUCACUGCUACACACAUUAAGUUACCUGUUGUAACAUGAGAGUCAAUAGAGAGGAAUUUUUAAGAACACUUGAAGCACCAUAAUCACUAUAAUCCGCUGUAGUGGUUUUGGUUCCAGGUGGCUCUGUCCUACGGUGACUACAGACUUUGCAGUUUCACAAUGCAUCUGGCCUUCUCAAACAGGCUGUAUGGGACCAAAUUGUAUUAUCCAGGACCUUGCUCGCUGACAGAGCACCAAUCAGUGUGUUCCUGCAGCAGCUGCACCUUUAUUUACAGAGACAAUAGCUGCAGUGGAUGCUGCAAUCGCGCCCGUUAGGACUCGAGGUAUGUUAUCAAACCGUGCUGAUAUGAUUUGACAUCUUACCUUGGGACAGCACCAGGGCACUCCUGGCACCAUAGCAAGUAUAGUGUACUGUAAAGGUUAUUGUGCUUGGAGCGUUCGUUCAACUAUAUGCUGUUAAUGAAUUUCAUAUAAAAGCUAAUUGUUGUCUCUGAUAGCAUGCAACUGCCUUAAGCUGCGUCUGAUGCUCUUUAUGCCCACUAUGGGCUGGAAAAGAGGGCAUGAUGUUUGGAAUACAUUGGUUAAAAAAUUAUACUUUACAAUAGGAGUAAUAAAUGCAUAGUAUAUCCCUCCAGUGGAUAUUGAAAAUGUGAGCACAGUAAAGGAAUGAUGACCGGUUGGUUCUUAACUACUAUUAUGUUUCUUUCUCUGUUACAAACUCAAUGUGUAUCCAGAGCAAAUUGUGUGGUUUGAUUUAACUUUAUUAAAGGACCACUAUUGUGCCAGGAAAACAUACUCGUUUUCCUGGCACGAUAGUGCCCUGAGGGUGCCCCCACCGUCAGGGACCCCCUCCCGCCCAGCUCUGGGGAGAUAAAAGGGGUAAAACUUACCUUUUUUCCAGCGCCGGGCGUGGAGCUCUCCGCCUCCUCUCCUCCCAUUCGGCUGAAUGCGCACGCGUGGCAAGAGCUGCGCACGCGCGGCAAGAGCUGCACGCGCAUUCAGCCGGUCUCAUAGGAAAGCAUUCAUAAUGCUUUCCUAUGGACGCUUGCGUGGAAUCACGCAAGCGCCUCUAGCGGCUGUCAAUGAGACAGCCGCUAGAGGAUUUGAGGGCUGGAUUAACCCAUUUAUAAACAUAGCUGUUUCUCUGAAACUGCUAUGUUUAUAAAAAAAAAAAGGUUAAUCCUAGAGGGACCUGGCACCCAGACCACUUCAUUAAGCUGAUGUCUAUGGUUACUGUAGUUAGCCAAACUAAUAUUACAGUGUUCUUUCUAUGAAUGAGAAGUGUUCUCUGCUGCAGAGUUUUUAAUACAGACCUCUUACUCCCCUUGUGUGUACCAGAGUAUAAACAUGAGCCCAGAAAUCCUUUCUUAUGUUAAAGCUGAAAGUUGUUCUAAUAGAACCCUUAAUGAAUUUCUAGUGGGAUACAAUGUGGCUGACAGACCAGACUCCCGGCGCUCACCCCACAAUGUGGUUACUGGUUGGAAGGCUUACCUUUUUAUUUUAAUUGCUUUAUGACAAUACCAGCAUUUUCUCGCUGAGCCCAUAUCUGAUGAAGAUAAUCCAUAAACAUUUCAACAGAUGCGUUUAUUUGAAGAGAUUAUAAUUGAUUGUGUAGAAAGAUAAAAAUCCUUGAGCCAUUUCCAAGGGUUAUUAAUAAAAGAUUAGUGCCUACUGGAAGCACAGUUUCCCCGCUGCUGCAGAAAGCAGAGCCCUGUUACCGUUGUGUUUUUUAUUGGAAAGAUUUUUUGAUUUGUAAUGCACAAUGGAAGCAUAGCACAUUGAAGUCAGGGCCUCACUUGUAAAUGCAAACAAAGCCAGUACAGACACCAAGCUAUGUGCCACCCUAGAUAGGAAGUUUGAAACAAUAGACCCCGUUAGGAAAGCAGCCAGCCAAAAUGUGCAGGGGCAACCCGGCCUGCAACCACUCUGCCAACACUAUUUAUUCUUCCUCCUGCAAUUCAUUUUCUAUUAUGCAAACCUAAUUGUUUAAACGAUUGCUGAGAAUGUUUACACAUGAAUUGUUUUCGAAACGGAGUGCUCCUUAAAGAUAGGGUGACCAGAUGUCCCUGUUCUCAAGGGGAAAUGCUCUGCUCUGGACCUCGUGCGUUUGAGUAAUAUAAUAAUUUGUCUAUAGAGAUGCCCACUGAUCCAUAGUGAAAUGUCAGGACAAAGCAUGUCUAAAAACUAAUGUGCUUUGCUGAUGUCACUGUCAUGAAAUGGUAUUGGAAAACGGCUCCAUUGUGGAUAUAUCCAUAGGCAGAUGCACUUUAGUGAGGCGUGUUUAUAAUGGUCUGAAAUACUGAAACUGACUAAUGCAUUAAAUAUUAUCCCCGAUUUUUUUUUUUUUUUUUUUUUUUUUUAAAUCAACUGAAUUAAAGGAGUAGUAUGCUACAAGAUAUCCAGUUUUAAUAGAUAACCCUGAUAAUGCAUUAUAGUGUGAAAAUAAAUGUAAUUGUAAUAAUAGGAAACAAAGGUUAUCAUUCGAAGUGCUAAAACUACUGCAGUGCAGAAAGUGUUAUUUAGCAGGCAGAAUCCUUCCAGGAAAAGACUGCACCAGGAAACUCUCCAUUUGAUGUAUGGAAUGUUUGUUCAACCAUUAAAACCAUGUCUCACAGGAUAAGCAGUUAAUUCCCCAGCUGCAGUUCCACUCAUCCUAUAGGGUGGGUGGAAAUGAUCAAUAAGCUGCUAUAGGUCAAUUCACAUCCCUUUUCAAACUUCUGUAUCACCUGCGUAUUGACAUCUUGAAGACCAUUGACUUCAAGUCAAUUAUAAAGCAAUUCUCUGCAAAGAAGUUUCGCAAAAUAUUUGAACACUUGAUUAAUAAUAAAUAAUUCAUAGUAAUUUCUUAUAGUGUGCCUUCUAUGUCUGUAUGAUUUACCCACAAAGUUCAAUUUUAAUGUUGAAUUUCUUGUUUCUUAACUUCACGGCUCAUGUUAUAGUGUACAAACAUUUGUGUGGAUUAAGCUUUGCUGUGCAGUAUGUUAUUUAAUGUUUUUAAAUACUGAUUUUGUUGAAGGUACCAAUAAAUAUAAGCUUCAUUUUAUUGAUAAUUAGCGUUUUUAUUCCUACGAGUGGUUGUGUAGGCAGGGCAGUUAAGAAGGCCAUGGCAUAUCGGUAUAAAGGCCAAACCUUCCUCAUACUGCAGUACAAAGAGGGAGCAGCCUUGGGAUGCCAGAACCACAACUUUGGGAAUAAAUGUUUACAAAACAUCUUAACACCUGAAUACUGUAUAAGCACAAGUUAUUUGAGUUUAGUUGUUAUGAGGGAGUGUUCCUUGAAUGCCAUCUGAUCAUUUUCCCUAACUCUUUUUUUCUGUAUUACAUGUAUAUUCAUGGGACAUUUCUUGAAUGCAGGAAAUAAUGAACGGCCGGGAGAUGAGACACAAAGUCGAUCCAUAGUAACCAUGUCUGCAAGCACCUCUCAGAAUUACCUUUUGGGGUCGCAGUCCUGGACUCUAUAGCAUAAAUAUCUUUAACCCUCGACAUCCAUUCCAGGAGAACGAGAGCAGAUGGUUGUUGCAACAUAGUCUGGAUAAGGGUGUUAGCUGGAUUUAAUAAGGCUAAAGUUUCAUUCGGGAUGUGGUAUGGUGCAAGACCAUCGACAAGACAGUUCUUUCCUUGACCUUUCACAUUUUUUUCUUUAGAUGAUUUUUGUUUUGUUUUUUUUGUUUGUUUUUUAAAUAUAAUUCUGCUCUAACAUCAUCCUGUUUUCCUCUGCCUGUGUUUUCAUUUUGAGUGAUCAUUCACAGAGCAGUUCAGUCAGCCAUCUUUCACGUGUUUUAAAUGUGUAAACAUGGUUUGAAUUAACAGUUCUGAAAGUUGUUAAACAAGCAAAAUAAUAAUGGUCAGAACUCCACAAUGAUGUCCAGGGUAUAUUAUAUCAUAGUGAACAAGGAAAAAAGGAAACCGCGCCCUUAUUGUGAUACGAAUAUACGUACUCAAAUCCUUAUGGUCAUAUAAUUUCAGUAAUAUACCUCAAAAAGAGAAACAUUUACAAAAUAAUAGUGUAACACUGUAAAUAAUUCGUAGAUAAACGAAGGAUAAAUAGAUGUUCACUCACAUUUGUCAGAGCUACAUACAGAGCUCUACUGUUCUUGCGCAUAGACGGAAUAAUCCCCGUCUCUGGAUAAGUGUGAAGUGGUCCACGUCUUGAUGGUCUCAAACAAAGAACACAUAGACAGGCAGAGGAAUCCACAUAGUGCAGUAGAUACUAAUACCUUUAAGAUAAUAAAUGAAUAUAAAGUAUCGUACUCACAUUUACUAGAGCGUGCCUCGCUCUAGUUUAUAAAGUGUAGGUGGUAUAACCCCACCAAGGAAUAAGAUGGUAACCAGGAAAAAAUAAUAAUGGAUAUCUCAGAGUGAUAAAAAGUAAUAUAGCUGUUUAUUAUACAUAAAAAUCAAAAUAAAAACAAAUGUAUAAAAAAAACACUGUGAGAAAGUCCAUAAAAAUCCACUUUACGCGUUUCACCUAUGGAGGCUUCUUCAGAAGUCUGGAUGGAGUCCUGGUAAUGUCCAAAUAUAUAGAGAAUAAUAUUUAAAACAAUUAACUACUUACUGUUUCCUGGUUUCAUGCGUGCGUCAUACCGGAAGUGACGCGGCGCCAUCUUAGCCAAUGAUAAGCUAGAGGAUAUUGUCUGUUUUAGCCACCGGUGGAACGCACGCGUCAUACCGGAAAUGACGCGGCGUAACCGGACGCCGAUAUUCUAUGCGUUCCACCAGGAGAACGCAUGCCGAAAACGGCUUUUGUGAUCUCAUGGCAACUCUUGUAUAUCACAAAUAAGGGCACAGUUCGCAUGUAUAUGAUGAUAGAUCAAAUAGUUCAUCAGAUUAAAUAUUUUAUACUUGUAUAGCAGCAACCAUCAUAUAUCAUUAAUUCAUCACAGUAACAUAAUAAUUAAUCAUACAGUAACAGCAAUAAUGAUUUUUCAUAAAUUUAGAUGAAAUUUAAAGUGACAGAAUUAUAAUAGUGUCAGGUGCACUCACUAUAUUAUAGUGCAAGAGCAGAUCUUAUAAAACAAAAUCUAAAAUAAAACCACAAAAGGGGACUAUUAGAAAAAAUAAAAUCUAUAAAUAAACUUCUAAAAACGUCAAAUAUAAAGUGCAAUGACAUAUCUUCCAAUUAUAAGUCUAUUUAUAUAUGGGGGAUGAAUACAUCUUAAAACUGUAAUAUAUUUUGUAUAUAUAUGAUAAUGUUUGGGAAGCAAAAUUCAAAUAGGUUAUGGUGGGGAAAAAUUGUGAUUGAAAACCCCUUCCACCUGAAGUAUGUGGAUAGUUAAUACAAUGCUAAACAAAAAUCUGCACAUCAGUCAAGCCAUAAGACUUGCUUUUCCCACAGAAAUCCCAAAUCAGCAGUGAUGUUACAACCGCAAAGGAUUCUGGGUGGGCAUAUGCAAAUUAGUUUAACAUACAUUUUUGCAUAUGCCCACCCAGAAUCCUUUGCGGUUGUAACAUCACUGCUGAUUUGGGAUUUCUGUGGGAAAAGCAAGUCUUAUGGCUUGACUGAUGUGCAGAUUUUUGUUUAGCAUUGUAUUAACUAUCCACAUACUUCAGGUGGAAGGGGUUUUCAAUCACAAUUUUUCCCCACCAUAACCUAUUUGAAUUUUGCUUCCCAAGCACUACCAAGCCUCACUAAGCAAACCAGUAACCAACCUCAUGCUGAAGAGUUGCAUUAACAACGAAACAGCUGUCCAUGAGUGGUUCACUGGUUUUGCAUCUUAUCCUAAAUUGUGUUCCAAGCAGUUGUAUACUGCAAACACAAAUUAAAAGGAAUCCAUGUUUAAAAUGGAAUGAGGCAAAAAUGUGAUUCUUUGUUAAACUAAUUUGCAUAUGCCCACCCAGAAUCCUUUGCGGUUGUAACAUCACUGCUGAUUUGGGAUUUCUGUGGGAAAAGCAAGUCUUAUGGCUUGACUGAUGUGCAGAUUUUUGUUUAGCAUUGUAUUAACUAUCCACAUACUUCAGUUGCUAAUACCAUGAUAAAUAAAAAUAGUGCUAAUACCAUGAUAUAUAAAAAUAGUGCUAAUACCAUGAUAAAUAAAAAUAGUAAUCAUAUUGAUAUAUAAAAAAAACAAAACAUGCUUAAAUAUGGAGAUAUAUAUAUAUAUAUAUAUAUAUAUAUAUAUAUAUAUAUAUAUAUAUGUGUGUGUGUAUAUAUAUAUAUGUGUGUAUAUAUAUAUAUAUAUAUAUAUAUAUAUAUAUAUUGGAAUAAAAAUCCAUAAAAAAGAAUUAAAAAAUUCAAAAGGUCAAAAUCUAUAUUUAGUCCAUUAGGAUGCAAAGUAUCAAUUUUAAAUACCCAUUCCAUCUCCUUUUGGCCUAUUUUUUUGAUAAAAUCACCUCCUCUCCAAUGGUUUACUACAGUGAUUCCUAUAAAUGUAAGAAAUUUGGGAUCGUUAUUAUGCUUACAGAAAUGAGCAGACACUGAAUGUUUAUCAUAGUUCUUUUCAAUAUUUCUACAGUGUUCUGCUAUACGUCUUUUUAAAGGUCUAAUGGUACGACCAAUAUAUUGGAGGCCACAAGGGCAUUCCAAUAGGUAAAUAACAUUUUUACUUUCACAGGAGAUGGUUUCUUUAAUAUUGUAGAUCUUAUUAUUAUUAUUUGAUUUAAAAGUAGACCUUCUCUUUUCUGUUGGUUUAGUUUUUUUGCAAGCUAUACAGUUAUUGCAUUUAAAAAAAAAACAUUGGCGAGGGGUGGAAAAUUCUUAGUGUGUGUGCUUUCUGCUUGGUCUUUAGUAUAAUUAUUUGUUAGGUGCAUUUUUAAAUUUGGAGCACCUCUGAAGACAAUAUGUGGUUUGUUGGGAAUCAUAUUUUUAAGGAUAGGAUCCUCUUAAAAGAUGCCAAUGUUUAUUCAUUAUUCUUAUUAGAUGUUUGUUUUUGUCAUUAUAGUCCAAUACUAUAGGUAAGUUGACUUGAUUCUGUUGAUGAGGCUUUUUUGUGUAUAAGCUCUUUUUGGUUAAUUCUUAGCGUUUGUUGUAUGGUAGACUCUAUCAGAUCUUCAUUAUAACCUUUAUUUGUCAAACUGUUUUUGAUUUUAUUAGCCUGUUGUAUAAAAACUGUGUUAUCCGAACAGUUUCUCCUGAGUCUAGUAAUUUGGCUCUUUGGAAUGCUAUUAAGCCAGGCUUUAUUGUGACAAGUUGUUAAACAAGCAAAAUAAUAAUGGUCAGAACUCCACAAUGAUGUCCAGGGUUUAUUAUAUCAUACAAACAAAGGGGAAACAUUUCAACAACCUAAAGUGCCUCUCAAUGAUUUAGGGUGUCAAAAUGUUUGGUGGAAUGAUCUAUAGCUGGAAAUCAUGGGAGAGUGCUAAGUAUCACUAUUGUAUUGCUUAUUGAAGUUUAGAAUAGGGGCUUAUAUCUCAGCGCAUCUGCACCUGGAUUUGGGGACUUUUCCACAGGAGUGCCUGUUGUGUGUUAUCUCUUGUUUAUGUACUCUCCUUGAAUAUUGAGCAUUUUUUUGCUCUCUGAAAGUAUUGUACCUGUUAUCAGGGAAGUAGAGAUGGGGGAGAGGAUUUCAGCAGAAAAGAUGACACCUGUCAUGAAGGAGUAGGCAGAUCAGUUAUGUUAACAAGGUUGUACAGAUACCAGGAAAUCAUGCAGGUUUCUUUUUCCGUGACAUGUGUCUUACAUUUUAUGCAUACAUUGCGUCCUCCUCCAUAGGAUUAGAUUAACAGUUAAUCUUCUCUUGUACAUUAGUUCCCAUUGCCCAUAAACAACCUUUUUUUGACAAUCUGCCCAAAUACCUUGAUACCCUUAGAAUCUACUCAUUCAUUCUAAGAACCUGGAAAUUUGCCCAAACACUCUGUGAUUCAUUUGCAAAUUUUAAAGCAAAACAUCUGCAAUUGAAACAUUCUACUCCUCUAUUUAUCCAGCUUGUCAGUGUAUUAAAGGAACACUCCGAGCAUCGUAACUCCUACAGACCAGCUUAGCUGAAUGGAGCCACCUGGGGCUUCUCCUUCAGGAGUAGACUGAAAGUGACACAGGCAUCGAGAUGGCCCAGGUAAUCUGUCAAACUAUUCGAAACGGUUUGACAAAUUACACUCGGACCGCUCCUGGCACCAUAACCACUGCAACAGGCUGUAUUGGUUAUGGUACUUGGCAUAAUACUUUUUAAUUUAUAGUAACUUUUUUUUCCCACGAGCCGUGUGUGAGAAGCAGCGCCAUACCCUGAACAUCUAACAUCACCCUCAGUCAGUUAAAUAAUGGCUAGUGGUGGUGGGAGUUGUAAUCCAAGAAUGGAGAGAUGCUGAAAACUGUUCAUUUUAUUUUUAUCUCCCUUCCCCUCAUGUUCACCUGUAGCUCGACUUGCAAUGUUUUUGUAUCCACACUUUUAUGCUCAGCAAAAUCAAGGAAGGAGAUGGGUUCAUAUUGGCAACUUUAGAUGACUUUGCCAUCUGUGCACCUCUGAGUGAUGUGUUACAACCAAUUCAUACUUAAUCUCUGGUGCACAGGAGAGCAAAAUUGCACCUGGUCUACCAGGUAGCAUCUGGUAGGAAUGACAGGAGUGACAAGAGUGUUGUCAAGUGAUGGGGAUAUCUAGAGAUAGAAGUCCAUACUCCCUCGAGUGUUUUCAUGCUGUGUUUAUACAACUGGCUUUGACAGUGUCCCUUGUUCUUUAACUCAAUUGGUGGUUGUCUAAGUUGCCUGUAUAGCCAGGUCAGUUGGUCAUGGACCAGCAGUUGUGCUUAUUUUGAAUACACAUGCUCACAUACUUGUAUUAUAUCUUUUAAUUUGAUCGGUACCCCAGAGCUCCUCAACAUAGGAUUUACAAAAGUAUUUUUUUCUCCCUAUCCUACUGCAUAUCUUUAACAACAGAAAACUAUAUUUGCAAUAUGUGAUACGCAAGCUGUUCACUGACACAUGAGAUUUCACUUAAUCCUCGUUUCCUUCUGUUUUCAGAGCGGUAAAGAAGAAGCCAGAGCCAACAGACUAUACCAAAAUGAAGCAGGCACAGAAGCGCAAGAUCAUGUGAGCAUAUCGAACCACGUUCCAAUGGUUGGGUGGCUUAGUGUGAUGGGUUCAAGUGUUAUGGAUAAGAAUGGCAGCUAUGUUUCAAACUGUUGAUUUGAUGAUUAUUUUGUACCCAGGCCUGGCCUAGUGGGGAUAUGCUACAUACCAACCACUGACAUACACUUAAGGAAAAAAGUAUUUGAUCCCCUGCUGAUUUUGAAUGUUUGUCCACUGACGAAUGAUCAGUCUAUCAUUUUAAUGGUUGGUGUAUUUUAACUGUGCGAGACAGAAUAACAAAAAUAAAUCCAGAAAAAUGCAUGUCAGAAAAGUUAUGAAUUGAUUUGCAUGUCAGUGAGUAAAAUUAAGUAUUUGACCCCUUCGACUUAGUACUUAAUGGCAAAACCCUUGUUGGCAAUCACAGAGGUCAGAUGUUUCUUGUUUUUGGACACCAGGCUUGCACACAUCUCAGGAGGUAUUUUGUCCCACUCCUCUUUGCAGAUCCUCUCCAAGUCUUUAAGGUUUCGAGGCUGACGUUUGGCAACUCUAACCUUUCGCUCCCUCUACAGAUGUUCUAUGGAAUUAAGGCCUGGAGGCUGGCUGGGCCACCCCAGGAACUUAGUGCUUCUUCUUGAGCCACUCCAUUGUUGCCUUGGCUGUGUGUUUUGGGUCACUAUCAUGCUGGACUACCUACGACCCAUUUUCAAUGCCCUGGCUGAGGGAAGGAGGUUCUCACCCAAGAUUUGAUGGUACGUGGCCCAUCCAUCGUCCUUUGAAGCGGUGCAAUGAUCCUGUCCCCUUAGCAGAAAAACACCCCCAAAGCAUAAUGUUUCCACCUCCACGUUUGAUGGUGGUGGGGAUGGUGUUCUUGGGGUCAUAGGCAGCAUUCCUCCUCCUUCAAAGAUGGCAAGUUGAGUUGAUGGUAAAGAGCUCAAUUUUGGUCUUAUCUGACCACAACACUUUCACCCAGUUCUCCUCUGAAUCAUUUAGAUGGUCAUUGGCAAACUUCAGACGGGCCUGUACAUGUGCUUUAUUGAGCAGGGGGACCUUGCUGGCGCUGCAGGAUUUCAGUCCUUCACGGUGUUAUCAUGUUACCAAUUGUUUUCUUGGUGACUGUGGUCCCAACUGCCUUGAGAUCAUUAACAAGUUCUGGACUGAUUCCUCACCAUUCUCAUAAUCAUUGAAGCUCCACAAGGUGAGAUCUUGCAUGGAGCACCAGACCGAGGGAGACUGACCGUUAGUUAUUUUGUGUUUCUUCCAUUUGCAAAUCAUUGCACCAACUGUUGUCACUUUCUCACCAAGCUGCUUGGCAAUGGUCUCUUUAGCGCAUUCCAGCCUUGUGUAGGUCUACAAUCUUGUCCCUGACAUCCUUGGAAAGCUCUGUGGUCUUGGCCAUGGUGGAGAGUUUGGAAUCUGAUUGCUUCUGUGGACAGGUGUCCUUUAUACAGAUAACGAGUGGAGAUUAGGAGCACUCCCUUUAAGACAGGGGGUUCUCAACCCAGUCCUCAAGGACCCCCGAACUAUCCAGGAUUUAGGGAUUACCCUGCUGUGUCUAAUGUGUUUUUUGGGGGGGAGGGAAAACAAACACUUUAGACACAACAGGGUAAUCCCUAAAUCCUGGACUGGUAGGGGGUCCUUGAGGACUGGGUUGAGAACCCCUGCUUUAAGAGAUUGUUUCUAAUCUCAGCUUGUUACCUGUAUAAAAGACACCUGGGAGCCAGAAAUCUUGCUGAUUACUAGGGGAUCAAAUACUUAUUUCACUUAUUGACAUGCAAAUCCAUUUAUAAAGUUUUUCUGGAUUAUUUUUUUUUUUUGUGUGUGUGUGUUUGUUAUUUUGUCUCUCACUGUUAAAAUACACCUACUAUUAAAAUUAUAGACUGGUUAUUUCUUUGUCAAUGGACAAACGUUCAAAAUCAGCAGGGGAUCAAAUACUUUUUCCCCCUUAUUGUAUGUUAACAAUGGAAUGCUUAUGGGAUGCUUUUUUAUUUUAUUUUUUAUGUGUGUAUAUAUAAAUAUUUUAAAUAAACAGGUCUCUUAAACAUUGAGUGUUGAAUAUAAAAUUCUAUUCUAAAGUUGUAAAAUACUACUAACUUGAAAUAACACAAUUCAGACCUGUUUCAGACAAGUGGGGCUGAGAGAUAAUCGCAAGGGAAAAGUAAUACUCAAAGAAUGGAGUCAACUGGAAAAGGGACAACAUGGCAGAAAUCAGAGCGAGAUCAAGUAUUCUGGAGGCAGCUAAGGAAAAGUCUAUGUAUAUGUGGCAGGAUGGUACAGAAAAUAAGUCAAGGGAAACAUCAUUGGGGAAGAGAGAGACAGCAAGUAGCAGCAGAUUGGAUAAUCAAGAAAAUGUAUUAAAAAAAUGUGCAGUCUACAAAGGGCUAUAUAGAGCAGACAGGAUGGAGUAGUUGAGGUUAAAGAGGGUACAGAUUGGUGGAAACACUAGUUUGGGAUGUGGGGGACACAAUGUAUAGACUCCUAACUAAGACAGUGUGCAUACUUGUCUCCAUGUUGAUCAUCUGUAUAUAACUAUAUACUAUACACACACAGAAAGGAGUGUCUGUAAAUGUGAUUGAAAUUUUGGGAUAUAUAGUUUUAAACUCAUGUUUAACUUGGCAAGUUGUAAUAUACAAGGCUUUCUAUAAAUGGUUGUGUGCUGUGCCUGCUGCAUUCACAAUCUAUUUGCGGGUUGUCUCAUGCUGCAUAUACCAUCACUGAUUUGUCCCUCUGGAAUCAAACAAAAGAGAUGGAUCAGCUGUUAGCAGCUGGCAGGCAGCCGUCUGAAACGUUCUGGGAUUUAUUGCCAUGCUCCAAACCUCCUGGAAAACCGAUGGGAAGCCAUAGGAGACAUUGUGAGACAGUUUGAGAAUAUUACUCUGCUCCACAGGCAGCAUUUUAAAAGAUAUUUUUAAAAAUUCCACAUUUUUAGGGAAAAUAUCUUGAUUUUGCUGUGUGCUAGAUGUCGACACUCACAUUCCAUUUGCUAUAAAUUGAUCAUUAUUCAGAAGAAAUAAUUAGCCUUCAUAUAAAAUAAAUAUUUUAGAAAUGCUGUUGGCUUUACACUUGCUAUCAUGGGAAAGCUGGCAAAGAGGUUGCAAUUGCCUCCUGCUAGUUAAACCUUGUGUGGAUUUAACAAGCAGGAGGUACAUUGUGAUAUCUGUUGGCACAGUACUGCAGGAGUGAGGCAGCAGGUAAGAAUGGAGCAUGGUUCUUGCUAGUCCAGCACUGUGUAGGGUUGUGCAUUGGAUGGUGACCUGUGAUCAUCAUGUUAUGAUGGCCUGGACUGACCAACGGGGACAUUUCCUGAGAGACUGUAAUAUCUGGGGCUGAUCAGUCUUCCAGUCUCUGGUACAAAUGACAGAUUAAUAAAACAGUUUGGCUAUUACUGGUGACAAUGGAGUCAAAGGAAAUAGUCCAUAGAUCUCUUUUUAAAUGCUCAGUUAUGCUUCACAGGUCUUGCUUAUGGAGGCUACAGGAGCUUAUGAAGUUACACAUCUUAAUUCCAGAAGCCUCAAUUUGUUUUAUUAGUAUAUUGUGUGCUCCAUGGGAGUAGGACCAUCUACACGGAGAGCUGUGAGUAAUAAAGUUAUUUAUUUGUACUCGCCAGCCGUCUCCCAUAGCAAAGGGUACAGAUUGGUGGAAUCAGUAGUUUGGGAUGUGGGAGGCACAAUAUAUAGACUCCUAAAUAAGGCCGUGUGCAUACUUGUCUCAUCUAUCGCCCCCAGUCAUCCAAGGCUAUUCAUUGAACACUUUUUCUCCUCUAGCACUCCUUCCCUCAUACUUGGGGACUUUAACAUCCCAAUCAACAACCUCAACUGCCCUGAUGCCUCCCGUCUGCUCUCUGUAACCUCCUCCUUCGGCCUCACACAGUGGUCUACUUCAGCAACUCAUACAGUGGGAAACACUCUUGACCUCAUCUUCACUAAUCUCUGUACAACCUCUAAUCUCUCCAAUGUUCAGUUUCCUCUAUCUGAUUGCCAUCUGCUGACCUUUGACAUCAGCAUACCCCUUACCCACAUUUCAUCACCCUUAUCUCCAAUCUCGCAGAAACCUUCACUGCCUUAAACUCCAGCAUUUCUCCUCCAAACUCUCCUUUUACUCAUCUCAAAUCUCACCUGCCCUAAUUCUGCAACCUCACUCUACACUCCACUCUCUCCUCUCAACUAGACAUCAUGGCACCUCCUACAUUUAAAGGCAGCAAGCGUUCCAAAUUACAAACUUGGCACACCACGCUGACCCAAUAUCUCAAUUUUUUUUUUCCAGAACUGCUGAACGCUGUUAGAGAAAGUCUCACUCUGCACCUGACUUCCUCCACUAUAAAUUUGGUCCAUGCCGUUGUUCUUUCUUGCCAUUACUACUACAAUCCCCUUCUCAGUGGUCUUACAUGUUCCCAGAUUGCACCACUGCAAUCUAUAACGAAUGCGGUGGCAAAGCUCAUUUUCCUUUCCGCAUGCACCUCCCACGCCUCCCCCCUCUGUCAGUCCCUACAUUGGCUUCCAGUUAGAUAUAGGGCUCAAUUUAAGAUUCUGGUGUUUGCUUAAAAGUCCCUUCAUAAUGCUGCUCCAACCUACCUAUACUCUCUAAUACAUAAUUAUAUCCCGUUUAGGCCCCUCCGCUCUGCCGAAGACCUUUGUCUAUCCUCUGUCCGUACUCUGAAGCUUGCCUCCAAGACUUCUCCAGGGCUGCACUUUUCUGUGUUCUCUGUUAGACUUUCACCCAGUCUCCACUCCUUCAAAAAAUCUUUGAAAACACACUGCUUCAGGAAAGCAUAUCAUUUAAACUGUUAGCAGGUUUUUAUUUCCCCCACCCCCCAUGACCCUCUCGUGCAACUGUCAAAAAUAAAUUAAGUUCCCCGUGAAUACUUUUCUAGCAACCUUUUUCAUUACCCCUACUUAUACCCUUUGUGUCACUAUACCCCACUCCCUCUUGCAUGUAAGCACAUUGAGCAGGGCCCUCAUCCCCUCUGUUCCUGUGCUUCCAUUUGUCUGGUUACAAGAGAAUUUGGGAUAUAUAUGUCCCUUUUGUCUGGAAGAAUGUCUAGACUACAGGGAUAUAUUCUACUCUUGUCAUAUAUAUCUUUUUUGUACAGGAGCCUGGAUUUGCUGUUUAUACAUGAAUAGACUUAACAGUUAUGAUGACCCCUUAAUCUAGAUUUCUGCACAUGUGAAUGGUUUGUCUCUUUUUGCAUCCAAUACUAAGGACAAUAAUCCAUGAAUGCUUAUAUUAAUAACAGUGUAUUUAACCAGGAAAGGUACAUUCGGAUUAUUCUGGUUUCCAAGUACAUCCUGGGAAAUGCUAGAAUACUAAUAGAAUGAUGAAAGGAGCCAAUCAAUGCCUGUAGGCAGGCAUUUGUACAUGUGGAAUUCAAAACACCAUAACAACUUAUGCCAUUUGCAUUGGUUAUGGUGCAAGAAGGUCCCCUGUCUCCCUGAACAUUCUUUUAUAACUGAAAUUAUUCAUUAAGAAUAAGACCUGGCAGAUGAGAAUACUUCAGGCAUGACCAUACUGCAGUCAUUGUAGGAAGGAGGAGAGAGGGGUGCGGAUAUAGAGCUCCUAAUUCUCAAAUCCUGAAGCCUGAAAGUGGGUUGCUGUUCUUUCAAAUACCCAGGCCUAUAAUUUAGUCCUAGCCUGGUCCUGUAGGCAGCCUAUUGUUGGUUGCCGUUAAAUACUUGGUUUGUACACCAAGAUGUGUGCGUGUCUGCUGUUCAAUCUCCCAAGGGUGGUAGAAAUGAGCAAGGGUAUGUAUGUUCUCAUUCUGUCAGACUGAAACCACCUGGGAAAUCAUACAAAUACUAUCAGCUGGGGAGGUGUCUCUGGAGGCUUAUACUGAAUUCACUACACCUCAUUCUUAUCAAAAUGUUGUGAUCUCCAAAAGAUAAUAAGGGUAGCCUACAUUUACUUGUGUGCUCAAGGCAGAUUAAAAUGCGGAUAUAUAACAUUUUGUGAUUCACAUCACCUCUCAUCCCUCUACAGUUUGCUUUGGACAGCACACACAUUUUCUUUGGCUGUCGGCCUUUGAAUUUUAUGAACGUUAUGAUUUCAGAGGCCCCAGGGAAUCAGAGCCACUUCUUAGUCAUAACAGCCCAUGUGCAGUGCGAGCUUGCACAGCUGCCACAGCCAGAGUACUGAUCAACUGCAUGUACUGGGUGCUCACCGUACUGUCUCAAUUGCAUAUCUUUCUCUUGAACAUUUAUUAAUGUGACCUGCAGUAGGUCAAUACACAGAACUGUUUUUAACAGGCAUAGAAAUGAUUGGAUAUAGUUUAAUAUUUAUCUGAGGUUAAUUAAUGGAAAUAACAUGUACUGAAACUCUGAACUGAAAGCACAGAAAACCAAAAUAGGAAUAAUUAUCACAUAUCGUGCUAAAGUAAAUCUAAGUGCAUUUAAAAUGUGAUGCUACAACCCAAAUAACGCAGAUUAAAUAAGUGAUUCAUAGCCAUUUUUGGUUGGGUCAUAUAACCCUGUGUGUUUAUAGUCUAAUGUCAUGCACAUAAGUGGGAGUCCCUUUCUUUAAUUGUAAUGCAGAAUGUGGCUUUUCCAGUCAUUGGCAAUCUAGUUCUGGGGCACGAACCAAUGAUAUAAUAAAUAACUGAGAAUAUUUUGAUUUGAGUGCCAAUAAGUAGAGUUUUGCAUAAGAGUGCUAGCCCCAAUGUGUUCAGAAGGUAGAAUGGGCUGUUUCUCAGUUUCAUUACUUAGUUGAAGCUCCUUUUGGCAGAGACUAAAACCUCAAGUCUUUUUGGAUCUGAGACAACAAGCUUCGCAGUCUGGAUUUAGAUAGUGUCUGCCAUUCAGAUCUACAAAUCCUCUCAAGCUCUGUCAGGUUGGAUGGGGACUGUUGGUAGUCAGCCAUUUCCAGGUCUCUCUAGAGAUGUUCGAUUGGGUUCAUGUCUGAGUUCUGGCUGGACAUUUUGGGAGUUGUCCCAAAGUCACUCUUGCAUUGUCUUGGCUAUGUGCUUAGAGUAACUGUCCUGUUGGAUGGUGAAUCUUUGGCCCAGUCGAGUGCUCUGGACCACCUUUUCAUUAAGGAUAUCUCUGUAUUUUGCUAAGUGCGGCAUUCCCUUAACAGUCUCCCAGUCCACGCUGCUGAAAAACUCCCAAAAAGCAUGCUGCUACCACCGCCAUGUUUCACAGUUUGGAUGAUAUUGCACAUGGAGACUAGUUUCCUCUAGAUAUACUUCUUUGAAUUGAGGCCAAACAGGUUCAAUCUUUCUUUCAGAUUGUAAGAGAUGCUCUGGUCUUUAUUUUGUAAACUCCAAGUGGGCUUUCAUAUGUCUAGCAGUGAGAAAGUGCUUUUGUCUGGCCAGUCUGCCAUAAUGGCCAGAUCUGUGAUGUGUUGCUUUAAUGUUUGUUUUUCUGCAAGUUUCUCCCAUCGCCACACUUGAUUGCUGGAGCUCACCCAGCGCAACCAUCAGGUCCUUGGUCCCCUCUCUUAGCAAGGCAAUUAUACCCCAAUUGCUCAGUUUGGCUGGAUGGCAAGCUCUAGGAAGGGUCCUGUUUUUUUCCAAAUUUCCAGUUAAGAAUUAUAGAGACCACUGUGCCCUGGAAAGCCUUAGAUACAGUAGAUAAUUAUGUGUGCUUCGACACAAUGCUGUCUUUGAGCUCUGCAGACUGUUUUCUUUGACCUCAUUGCUUGGCUUGUGAGCUGAAAUGCAAUAACAGGUGUUAGACCUUGCAUCAGGGCCGGACUGGCCCAACAGGAUACCGGGAAAUUUCCCGGUAAACCGUCGGCACCUGGGGCCGGGCAGACACCUGGGACUGCUGGCGGCUGCUGGGGGACUUGUGCUGACGGCCGCUGGGGGAAGUCUGAUGGAGGCCGCUGGGGGACUUGUGCUGGAGGAGCUGUUCUGUCUCUGCUCCCCAGUGCGCAGCUUAAUGAGACGGUGGCCGGAAUAUGACGUCAUAUUCCGGCCGCGGUCUCAUGCAGCAGCACGCGAGGGUGGGAGAGCAGAGCCAGCGCAGCUCCCCCAGCAGCCGCCAGCACAAGUGUCCCAGCGGCCGCCAUCAGACCUCCGCCAGCACAAGUGCCCCAGCGGCCACCAGACUCCAGCACAAGUCCCCCAGCAGCCGCCAGCACAGACAGCCGUCUGCACUGCACGACCCCCUGGCAGGUAGUAGUAAUGUGUGUUAUGGUGUGUCUGUCUGUCAUGGUGUGUGUCUGUCUGUCAUGGUGUGUGUGUGUGUGUCUGUCUGUAUGGUGUGUGUGUCUGUCUGUAUGGUGUGUGUGUCUGUCUGUAUGGUGUGUGUGUGUGUCUGUCUGUAUGGUGUGUGUGUGUGUCUGUCUGUAUGGUGUGUGUGUGUGUGUCUGUGUGUAUGGUGUGUGUGUGUGUGUCUGUCUGUAUGGUGUGUGUGUGUGUGUGUGUCUGUCUGGUGUGUGUGUGUGUGUGUGUGUGUGUGUCGGGGUGUGUGUGUGUGUGUGUCGGGGUGUGUGUGUUUGUCUGUAUGGUGUGUGUGUGUGUCAUGGGGUGUGUGUCUGUAUGGUGUGUAUGUGUCUGUCAUGGGCUGUGUGUGUGUGUGUCUGUCUGUCAUGGGGUGUGGGUGUCUGUUUGUCAUGGGGCGUGUGUGUGUCUGUCUGUCAUGGGGUGUGUGUGUCUGUAUGGUUUGUGUGUCUGUAUGGUGUGUGUGUCUGUCAUGGGGGGGUGUGUGUGUCUGUCAUGGGGUGUGGGUGUGUGUCAUGGGUGUGGGUGUGUGUCUGUCUGGGUUGAUGGGUGUCUGUCAUGGGGUGGGUGUGUGUCUGUCAUGGGGUGUGGGUGUCUGGUGUGUGUCUGUCUGUAUGGAUUGUGUCUAUUAUGGAUGGGGUUCUGUCUGUCGUGGGUCGUGUCUGUCUGUCGUGGGGUUGUGUGUGUGUCCUGUCUCGUGGUGUCUGUGUGUCUGUCGUGGGUGUGUCUGUCGGGAUUGGGUGUGUCUGUCGUGGGGAUGGUGUGUCGUCGUGGAGUUGUGUGUCUGUCAUGGGUGUGUCUGUCUGUCUGUCGUGGAGUUGUUGUUGUGUGUGUCCUGUCUGUCAUGGGUUGUGUCUGUCUGUCGUGGGUUGUCUGUGUCUGGGUGUCGUGCAUCAUGGGUCAUGUCUGUCUUGGAGUUGAUCUGUCUGUCAUGGGUGUCUGUGUCUGUCUGUCAUGGGGGGGGGUGUCUGUCUGUCAUGGGGGGUGUGUGUGUCUCCGUCCGUCUGUCUGUCAUGGGCUGUGUGUCUGUCAUGGGCUGUGUGUGUGUCUGUCAUGGGCUGUGUGUCUGUCUGUCUGUUUCAUGGUGUGUCAGUGUGUCUGUCUGUUUCAUGGUGUGCAUCUGUCAUGGUAUAUGUGUGUUUAAAAAGUGUUUUUGCUCACCUUUUUUUUUCCCCACGCAGCAUGCUGGUCUCCCCUCAACUGGCCCUGCCUCAAUGGCUGAGAUCAUCAAGCUUGAUGAUCUCAGCCAAUCCAAUGCUUUGCCAUAGGAUUGGCUGCAAAACGCUUCACCAAUCAGCAUCUCUUCAUUGAAAUGCAUUGAAUCAAUGUAUCUCUAUGGGGAACGUUCAGCGCCUCCAGAGUGUGGAGGCCCUGAAUGUAGGUGCACUGACACAGGAAGCACAUCUAGUGACCGUCUGAGUGACUGUCACUAGUGGUGUCACUUUGAAGCAAUGUAAACACUGCCUUUUCUCUGAAAAGUCAGUGUUUACGUUAAAAAGCCUGUAGGGACAUGCUGUAGACACCAGUACCACUACAUUAAGCUGUGUGUGUGUGUCUGCUAGUGAGUGAGCUUGCUUGCAUAUGUGUGCCUGCUAGUGAGUGAGCUUGUGUUUUUAUGUCAAUAAGCUGAUGUAUAUCAGUGAGAUUGUUUGUGUCAUUGAGAUGUCACUGUCUGCAUGUGAGGAUGCUUACUGUAUAAUUAAACGUUUUACUCUGAAAGGACCAAUAUUUUAUAUUAGAAAAAGCAAUAUAUAUGUGUGUGUAUAUAUAUGUUUAUAUGUUUAUUUUCCCAGGUCCCAGCACUCAAUGUUCCCGGUCUUUUCCAUGCUCCGGUGCAAGUAAUCUCUGACCAAUAUAUAGCAUCCAAGUAGAGAGCACUCUGGAGUCUUCGUUUUAUAUCAAAAUAAAUACUGCUUUAUUGUGCAGAAUACAAAAAUGUCGACAUUUCAGUCACAAUAGACUUUUCUCAAGACCUUGAGAAAAGUCUAUUGUGACUGAAACGUCGACAUUUUUGUAUUCUGCACAAUAAAGCAGUAUUUAUUUUGAUAUAAAACGAAGACUCCAGAGUGCUCUCUACUUGAUGCUAUAUAUAUAUAUAUAUAUAUAUAUAUAUAUAUAUAUAUAUAUAUAUAUAUAUAUAUAUAUAUAUAUAUCUAUAUAUAUAUCUAUAUCUAUAUCUCCGUCAUCUGGGGUGGUAAGACAUAGCCUUACAUAUUACAUGCGACAAUAUAUGGCGCAGUGACUUAUGGGGCUGGCAUAAUAUUUUUUUCCAGGGCUGCUUUGUAUCCCCAGUCCGGCCCUGUCUUGCAUAGACAUGUGUGUGCCUUUCCAAAACUUGUCAAAUUAAUUGCAUUUUCAACAGGUGUACUCGAAUCAAAGAGUAUAAACAUGUCAACGCUAUUCCAGAGAAAUGGGAUGCAACAGAGCUAAAUUUCAAGUGUCAUAGCAAAGGGUCUGAGUACUUGUGCCAGUGUAAUAUUUCAAUUUCUUCUGUUUAAUACAUACAAGUUUGGGGUGGGUUUUUUUUGUGUGGUGUUUUUAUUUUUUUCGAAAAUGUUUUUGGUUUGCCCUUAUGGGGUAUUAGGUGUAGAUCAACGUGAAAAAGAAAAUUAUGUAAACUAUUGUAGCAAGGCUGCAACAUAACAAAUGAUAAAGCUAGAUAUAUAGAUCUAUAGGUAGAUAAUAUGGUUUUAUUAUAUGUAGUCAGGAUAUGGGAUUAGUAUAUGAGAGGAAAACAAAUACUCUCUCUUUAAGUUUGUUAGUUUUCACAGUUCUAUUUUAACAUAAUAUUGCAUGUCUCUUUAUCACUAUAAUUUAAGUAAAAACACAUUUUUGUUUACAUUGAAAAAAAUUGUAGAGCAGUUGUUAACAAUAACCUAUCGAGACUCAGAUAUAUAGUAGCCUAUAUCCUCAAUAUUUUUCUACUUAACAGAGAGGAGGAAGUAUCCCGGGUUCAAGAACUGAUGAAAAACCCUUCCUUCAAAGCCAAUCCUCUGGCCGCUGUGGGACAGCACCUUAUGAAACGUAUGAGAGAAGAGCAAGAGGGUAACCCAGGCUAAAUCAUCAAGAGUUUGGAGCUUUAAGAAUACACCAGAAUGGACAGCUAAUCUUGUGAAUGACUAACUGCACAGCUCUGAUGCAUUAUGGAGUACUUGUAAUUGUAUUUUAAAGUGUGUUUUCUCAUUGGAGAUUCCAUUUCCAAGCUACAAACCCCCUAUACUCCAGUCUCUGUCAGAUCUUUACUCCUUCCUAAACUGAAUAGGAUAACCCUGAAUGCUGAAUUUUUUCUGUGCCUUCGUCAAGCUCUUGCAAUGCCCGUGACAGAAACUAUGUGAUAAAUGUUAUUUACAACCUAUGAAAUAAAGCAUACCCCUUGGUAAGUCGGUGUAAAUAAUCACAACUAGCCUUCUUAUUGGAAUGGCUGAACCGUGGGCCAGUUACUCAAAAGCCAUCCUAACUCAAUAUUUCCUUUUAGUGGGUGUGAAUAUUCACAGGUAAAUAUUGCAAUGUUACAAAUAUAUAUAAGUAAAAUAUCGUAUAUAUUUAACCCCAUCCAUGAAAAAUCCUGGAAAUACAGAUUCCACUUGUGUGAUGAAUCAAAAUCCAUAAACUGGUUUGAAAUAAUGUGUGCAAGGUUUAUAAGUUUAAUCAAAUUUAUUUGAAUUGUGUAAUGUGUGCUUCAUUAAGGCAACUUGUUAAAUAAAUCAUUUGUUUACGUUUCUGCACACAGUCCGAUUGUAUGAUUGUCGUUACAUGGGUUAAUGCUAAUUUAGUUAAUGGAACGGCCUCGCUACUCACAUCAGGGUGAACUCUACAAACCAUUACUGAAGAUCAGAGUACAUUCAGUAAAUAUGAUGGCACACGUCAGAGGUUAGGCCUCCAGGCCCUUUUUUUGUGGUUUUCCUGAACAUCUGCAACUUAUUUUCUAAGCUAAGUGUUUG